CAUAAUGUUUGAUGGACAAAAGCGAAUUAGAUAAUAAUAAUAAUAACAUUAUAGUAAUAUUAUAAGUAUAGCUCGUCGUCGUAAUAUUAAUCCGCAGUGUUUAAUGUACUACCGAUAAAACUAUAAUAUACGUCGUAUACAUAUUUUUUACUACGUAUAGAAUAUAUGCGCGUGCGAUAGUUUUAUCGUUUCGAUAAAAAAAUUGGAAUUAAUAUCAUACCAUCUCUGUAUUAUUAUUGUUGUUUGUUUUUGAUUUUUUUUUUUUUUUUUUUUUUUUUUUUUUAAUGUCUAUAACGCCCGUUAUUCGAUAAUAAUUCGAACGCGAUACAAUAUACUCAAUAACGCGCCGCGUCUGAUUGAAAAAGAAAAAUAAUAACGAAAACGAAAAAAAAAAAAACACACAGAUAAUGCUCGAUGAACAGCUGCUGCUGCUGAGGAUUUUAUCACGGUAGUGUAUUCCGACGAUGCGGAUAACGAACCGAGAAAGCGAGUAUUUCAAACUGGCUUAAACUAUGAAAUUCGACUCUCUCAAUACCAGGUAAAUACACAAUAUUACAUUAUUAACGAAUAAACGAAUUGUAGAAACGUCGAACGAUUUGUCCGUCAAUUUCUGAAUUGUUCGAUGUUUGUACAUUAUUAAAACGAAGCUAGUGCGAAUCAAAUCGCCGAAUAUUAUAAUUAUGGGGUUAUGAGUACGGAAUAUUUCACUGGAGACGUUGAAAAGUACAAAUUUUUGUUUCUAAAUAAUAUUUGUUUAACGGUUCGGUUUUGUAUUACGUUUGUGUAAAGUCGAAAUGAUGAUAUCGACUGGUGUUGAAUUCACUUUAAACAUUAUUCGAACUGGCCUUGUGUCGUAAUAAAUUGCAAAUAACUAAAAUGUCAACGAACUGAUUGAACUAUUUGUUAAAAGUUCAAGAUUAUUGGUAAUUAUUGUACAUAUAUUUAUAUUUUAAAAAGCUACGAGCUGAACCGGCGCCUCGAGACGUCCGUGUAUUACUAUUCGAUUUUUAAAUUUAAAAACAAUUUGCAUUAAUUUUUUUCGUCGAUAAUUCAUCAAAACGAAGUAUGUCAUGUGGCAUUUCAAAAAAUAUAAGUUCGGGGUGUAAAUUUAGGACCCUACACGCCGUGAAAUGCGUUCGUAUUUUUCUUAAGUACCACGUGUAGUGCAAAUCUCAUAGCGUAAAACGAAAACACAUCUCAACAAUGUUAAUAGAUACACGUAUACAAUUUACAAUUUCUCAAUAUCCGUUAUUUGUUUGAAAAAAUUCAAGCCCAAACAUUAAAAUCAUUGAUCUGUACACGAUUUAUUCGUUCGAACGUUCCUCAUUUGCCGUAUACAUUAUUGUAUCGAAUGCAAUCGACCUAUGCUAUAUACAGACCUGUAUCUAUGGGGGGCAAUAGGGGGCAUUGUCUCCCCUAGACUCGUUUUCCGCCCUCCUAACAUUUUUAUCGGAAGACGACCAUUUGCAAUCGUUAUAUUGGAAAAAAAAAUAUAAGAUUAAAGAGUCAUAAUAUUGUUUUUACAACUAUGUUUGCCUCCUCCCACCUCCCUGAAGAACUGAUCUGGCUACGGGCCCGGCUAUACAGGAUGCUGUUAAUAUGGUAUCGAAUGCAUAUUUAACUUUUCUGUAAUUUCACCGAUACGUUAGGUUUAUAUAUGUAUAAAAAAAAAAAAUGACAUCUUCUUACAUAAACUGCGAUCGAGCAAAAGUCCAACGUAUUGUUUAGAUAAAUAAUUUCAAUAUAGAUAGUUGCUGGUUCAAUAGUUGGUAUUUAAUGUUCUAUAAUUUGUGUAUAAGGUUAAAACAAUCUCCUUCGUGCGGGCUCCGCGACUGCGGUAUAACAUGUAUGCAAUUAUAAUGCAAAUUGUAAUACUGUUUAAACUAUAUUAUAUACAGUAAUAAUAUUCAAAUUCACAAGCGAAUCAUGCGCAUAAUAUCACAUGGUCGUUGUCAAAAAUUAUACCUAUAUAAUGUUGUAUGGAAAACUACCAAGUGGUGUGACGAAGACCGGUUUUUUUAAAUUUUGUCGAGUCUUGUGUCCCGACCGAAAUCGGCUGACGGGUCGUGGGCUUCGGAUGUCUUCGGAGGUGCAGGACCGUAGAACCACAGGACCGGUGACUUAGAAAUAAUAACGACAAACCAGUCCCGGUUUUUUCGUAUGGCGCGGCGUUGGCGUUGGUGGUAAGUUCAGUAAAUUUCUGGGCGCAAAAACAAAAAAAACAAAAAAAAAAACGUUCUGACACGUUACCGACGAAACUAUACCAAUCGAGCGGGCGAAAAGACUCGCAGAAACACAUGUUGAGGGGGAAAUGGUGGUCGGGGGGGAGGGGAGGGGGUAAUUGUCGUAUUUUCUCAAUUCGCGAGAAAGACAAUAAUUAUUGUACUUUUUUUUUUCGAAACGACUCGUUUGGAAUUUUUUAGUCGUACAUGGAGAAAAGAAGGACGAGCAAUGUACUAUACAUUAUACGAUAUAACAUGACGUAAACCACCCGAGUUAAACGCGCUAAAUUUGGUUACUGAUCCUCGACAACUUUUAUUUCGCGUAUUGUGUUUCCCCUCCCGUUCCCCUCCCGUCACCCCUUUCGAAUUCAAUUACCUGCGCGCACGGACAAAACGAAAAAUUAUGUCUAAUACCUACUCUCACUCUGCCCCGUAGUGUCGGCCGGCUGCAGCAGGUGUUGUUGUAUAUUAUAGUGUUGUAUGGCUGUUACGCAACAUAAUUUUACCAAAAAAAAAAAAAAACCAAUACCAAAUUGUAGGUAGCUACGUUGGGCGAAUUAUAUCCGGACAGGAAAUCGUGCAUAAUUUUUUUUUUCUACGUGCAACGGCACGGGUUAUAACCGUACCGAUUCGAUUUUUAUUGUUAUCAUUUUUUUUUUUUUUAGCACAAGCGUAUUCGCGAGUAGACAUUAGGUACACGGGUCACGGGUUCGGGUCUAAAAUUCGGUCUUCAGUAAUGUUCGCAAACGGCAACGGUUUGCAGCUGACCGAACCCAUUCAUAAUCCAUUUUCACGGAAAUAAUGAGUAAUAAUAGUAAUAAUCGAUGACAAUAAACUAUCGUGGGUGUACAAUAAUUUACGGUUCCUUCGCAACACCUGUAUGGGUAACCGGAAUAUUGAACGGGGGGGGGGAUAAAAAUCAAUUUUAAAUAUUUAGAUAAACGUGGAUAUUCGAAACGAUUGACAUUUUUAGGGAAAAACAAAUUUUUCGUCACUAUAAUAUUUUAGUAACUAUACCUGUAAAAUUGUGUGUAACAUCGGCUAUUCUAAGAAAAUCGUUGACCGUGGUUUUCAAAAUUGUCUAAACUUUUGAAAAAUUAAAACAUUUUUUUUUUUUUAUAACUCAAUCACAAACUUAAUGAAUAGACUUUUUCAAUAGCGUACUGUCCAAUGUUCAUAUUUAAAGAGAAGAGGUACGAACGUUUUCACGAACGAGUAUGACAUUUUAAACCAAAAAGCUAUGGCAAAACGUCGGAAUUCCAUUUGACGGAUUUAAAUUUUGAAAACUUAUUUUCAAUCUUUAGUUUCUAUUACUACGACAUAUUAGAAUUUUGGGUUUUUUUUCUAAUUCUAAAUUCUUCAAAUAAAAGGCACACUUCUUGAUUAUUAUUAAGAUUUUUUCAAAAAUACAGUCAAAUUUUGUUUAUAAUUUAUUGUAAAAUAAUUGAAUUUUUAUUUCAAACAUUAUCCUAGUAAAGUACCUGAAAUCAUAAUCCGUUUUCAGAAUUAAAAUCCGUCAAACGCUACAACUUUUUAACGGCUCUAAAUAUCGACUAAAAUAUUCACCGUCACCAAUCCCCAUAAACCUUAAUGUUUACACUUUUUAUGAAAUAUUUGUUUACGUGGAGUUUAGUUUAUUAUAAAACAUUUAGGUUAACGUAGGUACCGACAUUAAAACCUAAAACCGAGUGUGUCGUAAAUUUAAACUCUUAUUAUUGCUUAUUAUAUUAUUUUAAACGUUUCUUCAUCGUGUAUGGAUUCGAAAGUUUUUUUUUUAGAGUACUGAGAUACUUUAAAAAAUCACCGUUCCAAAGUAUUAUAUUUAUGUAUGUUCUGUAUUGUACCGCGUUCCACCUAUAGCGUAUCACGUGAAUACUAAAUAAUCUGAAAAAAAAACACCGCAUUGUAAAAGUUCUUGUUUUAAGAAAAUUCAGAAAAAAAAAAACAAACGAAUAACUGAUGUUAACACAACUAUACACAAACGAGUUGUUGGUAAAUUUACGAAUAUUUCAUAAACUUAUGUGAUGAGGGAAUUCAUUACUUAUACAUUUUUUUUCUCCCCUAUAUACGAUUCGAGAUUUGCUUAUUUGUUAUAUUGUUGCUGCAAUGUGUUUACCUAAUGAAAAUGUGUUUAGUUAAAUGCAUAAAUACGUGGUUAUAUAAUAUUUGUACGUCUCAUUAUAAUAAUGAAAAUUACGAAAUUUGUGUUUUAAUAAAAAAUAUAAAAUAUCGUACUGCAGCGUGAAUAUACUUUUCAGACAUUUAAUUUAUUUAAAAUAAUCGUUUUAUACGAUGCGUUACCGUGAUGUUUACGAUGUUUAGUAACUUUAAAUGCUUACCUACACGCAUACACGGACGGAGUAUUUUUAAUCGAGUAUAACAUUUACUUUAUUACUAUAUUGUGUAAAGUGAAAGAGACCCUCUCAAAGUGUACCUACUCAAAUCUAGUUAAUCAUUGGCUCGUAUAAUAAAUAAUUAACACAAACCGCAUUAAUAUUACAUGUAUAAUGUGACAUCAUUUAUCAACAACUUUGAAGUGAAUUUAAAUUGCCCUUAUGUGCGUUUCCAUAUAUCAUUCAUAACGGAUAAGUUUGAGAUAAUUUUAAUACGUACCCAUUGUAUAAUAUCAUUGUGUGUCAAACAUUAUUUUUUCUUGGUAUAAUGCGAAACGUAAUGAAUUAUGAAAUUGUACACAAAGAAAGACAAAAACUCAAGACAUUUUUUGAAGAACAAAGAACCUUUUACACAACGGGAAUUUUUUUUUUGUUUUAAAACUUUUUACGAGUUUAGCUAUAAAUUGUAAAAACUUUUUUUAAAAAAAAUUAUAAUUUUCGAACUUUGAAGAGCAUUAAAAAUAAUACUCCACUUCAAUCCAUGCGGGGUACCGGUAUAAUAUAUUGGAGUAAACGUGCACUAACUUACAGACAAAAAAAAAAAAAAAAUCGACAAAUUUAUGUGACGACAAGAGUCGUCAAAAACAUUCUUAUACAAGAUCACAAAAUAUAUUACGGGAUUCGGAAAUGAAUUAAUAAUAUGUUAAUAUUCAUUGAUGAGAAAAAAACGUUGAAACAAAUAAAAUAAUACACCUGCCUGUGCGUGUGUAACGGGGCGUGUUUUCACUUUCAAAAACGAUUCCGUGGUCGAAGGUCGAUUGACUCCGGAAGUUCAUUAACGUCGUCGUGAUUCGUAAUUUGCCCUUUAUCGUUGACGUAUACCUGCGCGUGUUCUUCAACAUACUUGCGACGCGGGAUUUGUUUUUAUUUACUUUCUCUGCGCGUAAAAUAUAACGCAGCUGUUUUCGUAUUACAAGGGCGUCCAAACCGAAGAGAUUAUCGGUACGAUUAUCUAGCAUUUGUUGUAUUCGUUUGCCCCUCUCCACCCCCCCCCUCCCGAAAAAACUCGUUGCCCAUACGUAAUGCCGUUUUAUACAAAUAUAACAGUACUCCGGGCAAAAAAAAAAAAAAAAAUAAAAUUUAAACAGGUGAAAUUAUUUAAAUACAUUUCUUACAUAUUAUUACACAUCUCGGAAGUGUACGUUUCCAGCGGCGACUUCCCCACUCCGAAACAUUUAAAAUAUCCUGUACUUUGUUCAUACGAGUUAAUAAAAUAAACUAUUAUAAUUUAAAACGUUACCAACGAGAUUAUACAAAUUUGUUUAAACCCCUCCCAGGGGUGAGCAAGUAUUCAUCCGACAGUUUUAAAAAAUAUAACCGACCUGAAAAACUUACGUCCAUAUAAGGUUGUAGCUGAAAAAAUGUUCGGAAAAGUAGAGAUCAAUUUUUUUUCCAAUUCCUUUUUUCGGCGUUUGUCGUCUUUUUUCCCAAAACCUUAAUCUGUAAACGUUGUCCCUUACAGUUUAUAAGCACAUUUCGGUUCUCUAUACAAUUACAAUACCUCGUCGGUUAUUGGUUAAAAGUACGAAAUUUUUGUAAACAAUUUAUAUUUUUAACCGGCCAAGUUGGCAUGGGAAUCCAAUACGAUAUAAUAUAGAAAAACUUAUAUGUUUUUUGUAUAAUAUUAUUGAAAUUCAAAUAGUUUAACUGUAUAAAUUCGCGAAAAAACCUGUAAAAAAUUAAUAUCUCCGAAACGUUACUAAAGAACCGUACUAUUUUAACCGCUGGGAUUCUAAAAAAGUAUGUCUUCAUUAUUUAGGUGCGUUUAGUAAAACAAAUGUAAUAACAAACGGUUUCGCAUUAUUUCAAACAGUCCAACGCGUAACGGUACCACCGAGACAUCACGUAUAUCGGUUAGUGGUACCGCAGGUGUGAUUGUGUUCAACUAGACUUCAGAGAUCUAUAGAGAACUAAUAAUAGCUGAUCGAACUGUAUACUGAUAAUAAUUGUUCUGUGUCAGUAUCUGCUGUACCGCAGUACAAUAACCGAUUGUUAAAAAAAAGAAAAAGAAAAAAAAAUCGAGAUAUAUAAUGUAUAGGUACUUCAGUGUCUAGUUAGAUACAUAUAUAUAUAUUUUUUUACCCGAUUCUAGUUUAUUAAAAUCAAAAGAAAUAUCGGGCAGCUUCGUAGUUAUUCGCGAUUGCAGUUUAAACGUUUAAACGAUAUUGUGAUGGCGGUAUUUCAUAUCACAAGACGUGCUAUUGAAUGUGUUCUUGACGUGUAAUUGCGAUUGUUCAAAUUGUAUCGGCUUCGGUAACGUACAAAAUAAUGUGACGAUAUAACAUAAAAAUAUAAUAUUAGCAAUCAUUGAUACGAUUCUAAUGACUAGCGAAAUUCAUUAAGAACGAUUCAUUUCGGAUUGUUUACCAACGCUGCAAAUAGCAUUGAUAAAACCAGGACGAAUAUACAAUUAAUAUUAUCGUGUUAUUUUCCAAUUAGUCUGUUGAUAUUAUUUAAAAAAUAAUCGUAAAAACGGCAUUUUUUUCGUUGCGAAGUUUUAAUAUUUAUUUUUCAACCAUCAGUUACGAAAACGACGGCCAAUCACUAAAAAUUGUUAUUAAUUUUUAAUCGAUGCGAUCUCUCUCAAACGCAAUCGUUUUCAAUGGCAAUAUAAUAAUAUGUAUUAUGUAUACAUUAUUGUAAAGUAGGUUUACGGGUAGUUUAAAACGUUUGAACUCUCGGAUCUAAAUUAAUUUUAUAGUUAAUUAAACCGUUUGACUUUUUGAAAAUUAAUUGAUUUUAGAAUUAAUAAUUACAUUUCAACGGAACUUUCAACUUCGAAAUAAUAUCAUUUUAUUCUUACGUUAUUUCCAUACUAAAAUCUGGUAUAAUAUGCUCAUAUCGUUGUAUGUUUGUGCAAUUGACAAAAGUUACGAGUUUUGACCGAAUAAAUACGGUGCCGGAAUGCUGUAAUUGUAUAUGCCUCUUAGUUUUAACAUUUCCGAAUUCUUUCGAUGAACAAUAAUUUUGAACAGUAUUAUUGAAAGUAGCUACCGAAUAUCUUUAAUUAUCUCCAGCAGAGAAUACAAAACAGAAAAAAAAAAAAGAAUGAAGGUACCACUUCAAUGUGGACUGCAUUGAUACCAUUGUAAUCGAAUAUAUUAUAUUAUAGAGGUUGAAAUUGAAUGAAAAAUGUGACGUGGAAAAAAAAAAUGUUUUUAUACACGCGAGUUUCACAGUCGUUUUUUACCUGUCAUUAUAAGGACACCAUGAUAUUAUAAUCAGCCGCUUUGAAAUAACAUUUUUUUUCGAUUUUUCAUCCAUCGUAUAAAACCGAACGGUUCCGUCAAACGUAUCACUGUAAGUUUCUAUAUAAGUAUUAUACCUAUAUAUAUAAGUAUUAAGUAGUAUAUGAUAUCUAUUAGUAUUGUUAUAAAUAUCGUAUUGUUUACAAAACAAAUAAAUCUAGAAAUAAUUUCUAAAUCUCUACAUGGAAAUUUUUGGAAUCGUCUAUAGCGAACAGUACGCCAUACCAGCAAUGGUAUAUACACUACAGGUAUAUACUAGUAAUAUACCAGUUAUACGUAUUUUAUAUUCGAAUGUAUUGAUCCUUGAAUCAUUAAAAUAAUAUGCAACUACCCCGUUACAAUCGGAUAUUGAGUUAUGCUCUCGAAUAUUAGGUAUGACAGUAUCGUAGUAUAGGCGAACUUAUAAAUAUUUAAUAGCGUCAUGCCGAAUGCAAUCAAUAGCUAUAUCGUAUACCUAAUAGUGAUGUACUUGACCGAUUUCUUUUGUUUAUAUCAGACCAAACUGCAAUUUAUUUACCGGAGGCGUAAAAUUAUUAAAAAAAAAAAAAAAAAAAACAAAAAAUAGAAAAAAAAAAAACGUUUAGACGAAAAUGUAUUAGGUUAGUUUAUGUUAUUAUCGCUUGAACACGAGUCAGAUUGAGAUAACACGGUAAACUGAACGGUUAUUUUCGCUUCUUUGUUACGUCGUGACUUUUAAAUUGGAAACAUUUUUUCCACUAUCGUUAUUAUAUUAUUCGACGAGCUUUCCAAUUACAAAGAUCUGUUUUUUUUUAUUAUUAUAAUAAAUGAAAAGUUAAGAGACUUAUAAUGUACUUAACAUUGUUGUACGUAUUAUCUUUCAUGCGUUAUUUGUCUGUCCGAUGAUAUUGAUUAACGACGACGAUGCGGCGACGGCGGCGGCGGAUAAUUUAGUUUUACUACAUUAUACUUAAACAGAAUAUUACGCGUUUCGUUUUUCUAUUAUAAUUGGUAUUAAUAACUCAAUGAUUUUCGUUAAACCGAUUACUAUUAUAUUAAUAAAGGUACCUAUUGAUUUAGGUAUUUUAUUAUUGAGAAUAGAGCGCGCUAUUGUAAUACUGUUACGGUUACAGAAAAUUAUGAACGAUAACAGCAGUGGAGUAUUAGAUAAUGUUAAAUCCACUACUGUAGAUUAAACUAAGAAAAAAAAAGGUAUUUUAUUAUUUUGUAAGGUAAAAAUAUAUAGAUCUCACCUGUAACGGAUCUGAAGCUAUAACCUUUAAGGAAGUGGUAAACCGAAAAUAUCGGGAGUCUGUUUGUUUGAAAUAAGCUAUGUAUGCGAUUAAGUGAGUGAACGAAUUUUCUACCGGAAAUCUUGCUCUAAUUGAAAAACGACAAUUGAGUUUUUUUGUAGAAUAUUGUGGAUCUAGUACUUCGAGGAGGUUAUAAUUUGCUUUCUGAGCAGUUUUUUUCUAAUGGGGAAAAACAGGAAAGUUUACGGUAAUAACGGUUUCAUUAUUUUGUUAUUUUGUUGCAAUUUGUUUACCUAUUGAAUUUGUUUAUACAUGGUUAAAUUUUCAAGACAUUUUGUCGAUCAUUGAAAUCAUUAAUCCGUGGUUAUAUCCGUGUUUGUUGUGUACAAGGUUGAUUUUUUUUUUAUCGUCAAACACUCGAUAUUUUAGAAAGUAUCGACUAUUUUCAAAACUUGUUUAUUUUCAAGAUUUUAAAUACAAUUUUUUCUACAUUUUUCCACAAUUAUUAUUGGGAAUGACUAUCGAAUUUCGGUUUUCAAAUAGCAACCUCUAUUUAAAAUGUUAUAAAUAUCAUAUACCAUAGUAUGUAUGCAUAUGAUAUUUUAUAUCUAUACCUAUUUAAUGGGUAUCGUCAAUGACGUUUGUUUUCUAUGUCUCGCGCGUUAUAAAGCGAUAUUAAAGCGCUGAUAAAUGCAUUUCUACGAUUGCGACUCUUUAGUUGAAUAUAAGGUAAAUAGACCUAUUUUAUAUUUUAUAAAGAAGAGUAUUUUCUAUAUGGAUCCUAUUUUUUAUUAAUAUUUUCUUUUUUUUACCAAGAUAUGCGUGUUUAAAUUUUCUUUUAAUUUUAACUAUAAAUAACAAGAUCCAUUGUAAAAUAUCUCAUUUAUAUAAUGUAUAAUAGGUACCAGUGAGUCACAGUUGUGGAAAUGUGGAAUGCCGUUGUUGCUAUAAUUACACGCAAGUCAGACAGAGAAAUCAAAUAUUAGUGACUAGGCCCCUUAAAAUAAUAAUUAGUUAAAUGUCAGUUUCUAGAUUGAGUAUACCCUUCGGUAUAUAAUAUUUAUUGGUUUAAUCAUUAUUAAAAAAACAAAAAACGUGAGUAAUUUUUAACUUUUUUUCAAUAAUAUACAAUAACCUCAAGAGAAUAUAAUAAGUAUAACAUAUUUUAAAAAAAAAAAAAAUUAUAGGUAAUUACUGUAGUAACGAAGACUGCGCGUUUUCCUAUAUAGUACCUAUAAAAUAAACAGUUAAGUUGAUGAAAUAAGUUAAAUGAAAUACAAUCGUAAUGAGGUUAUUAAUAUGCACAAAUGAUAAUGCAGAUUUCCAAUUAAAUAAUUAAUUUUUUCUAAUUACUUAAUGCCUUAUGAUGAUGUUUCAAGUUUUUUUUUGAAUACGAAGUUUCUGAAUAAUUACUUUUAUCGUAGCAGGUUAUAUUUAUAAAUUAUAACUUACUAUAAACACGUUGGACGUCUUCAGUGUAAUUUUUUUUUUACUCGGAUAGGUACACUCGUGUAAAAGAAAUAUUUCAAAACAAUAUUUUACAGAAUAUAAUAAUAUUGUUAAGUCGGCGUAUAGAUUUAAACCAAUCGUUGAAAAAUACAAUGCACUUAUAUUUAAUGUAGAUUGUAAAGCAAAAUAACCUUCGUAUUCAAUUUUAGCGAAAAAUAUAAAUUCAACUUAAAAUUGCUUAUAAUAUUUUUGAAUUAUAGUGUAAAGAAAUGAAAUUCAAAACCUUGAAAUAGUGUAAAAUAAUAUGCCUAUGCGGUUUUUACGAAUUAUUUACUAUGUAGUCAUAAUAAAUAAUAAUACAGAUUUAUUUGUUUUUACGAUAAUUAUUGUAUUAAGGGUCAUGCUCGUAGUUAUGUACACAUUUUUAAUAAUUAAUUUCUAAUUCGACAUACUUCGCACGAGGGUUCAGCUACUGUUGUAGGUGGAAAGUUGGAAAGACAGGGUACAGAAGACAGAAGGGAAUUUAGUGUACACAUCUGUAAGCAACGAUAAACCAUUGCUUACGAAAAACUAUUCUGAGCGGAGUUCAGUUUAUAGUAAUGCUUUGUCAACAAUAUAUAUAUAUAUAUAUGCCAUAUUAUGGUAAAAUAAUUAUAUAUGCAUUGUAUAUUUUCUUUAAUAAAAUUUGUUUAUAAUUGUACCGAUUUUUCCGUUUUUCCUGCGUUAUUCCUGGUUUCCCAUGUUUUUCCCGGUUUUUCACAUUUGCUGGGGAGGGGCUAAAUUAAAAUAAUUGAUUUACAAAAAAAAAAAAACAUUUUUUCGCAAAGUACAUUAUUGUGCAGUACAACUAUUUGUACUUGGCGGAAUAAGUAGUGUAUAUACGCGGUGAUUAUUAUUUUGUUGGAAAUAAUUUUUCAACGGUGAAUAAUUUUGUUUUGUAUUUGACGCGGCCAAAAGAAAGGGGUUGAAGUCCCCGUAGCCCUCCCCCAGUCUCCCCGGUUACGUCACUGUCGCUAUCUAUUAUUGACAUUUUCAAUGGGUACCCUCUACCCAGGUAUUAUUUGUUUGCAACGAAAAUGCUAAACGUCGAUAAUAUUUACAUAGAACUAUUGCUAAUAAUAACAACGAUAAUUAGGUAUGUAACGGUUUCGAUCGAUAAGAUUUGUUGACGAUCAACGGAUUUCAUAUACUAUGGUGUACGGCUAUACCUGUGUAUGCUCGCGCAGUUGCCUGUAAACGCGCUUUUGUAAUAUCUUUGUGUAUUAAGUAACCCCGUAGUUAAAUAUAACCUACCUGUAUAUAUAUAUAUAGCCGUACAUUGUAGAACUUAUAUAACGGUAAACUAAUUGUUUAAAUAACAUUAUAUAAUUAAUAUGAGUUACACUGGUUACUAUGCAAUAUGGUACAAUGCAGCGGUCACAGACGAAACGGAGAGAGAUGGAGUGAUUAUAUUGUUCGCUUAACAAAAUAUGUACACGGGCAGUAUGGAUGUAUCAAAAUAAUAUUCCAAUAAUAGCUGUAAAUUAUUAUUAUUAUUUCUCCUGGGUGCGGGGAACAAGACAUGUUUCUUUUAGAUUCUGAGUGGAGCGAUCACGCUUAUGGUUUUACAAUGAUGUUUUUGUUUUUUUUUUUCUCUAUCCGUGAACAACUUUUCCACCGGCGAAGCAAGAGAUUUAUAAUGGUAGCGCGUUUUCUGAAAGGAAAUUUGACUGGGUAGGUGCUUUAAAGUGGUUAUUUUUUAGUUCUCUAAGGAAUUUUCUCAAUUCAUUGGAAAAACCGGGAAAAACGGUACCUACAUUGUUAAACAAAUAUUAUUUUAGAAAAUAUAUAAUGCAGUGUAAUUAUUUUACCAUAAUAUGACAUAUAUAUAAAUAUUGUUGACAAAGCAAUACUAUUAACCUAAUUCCGCUCAGAAUCUUUUUUCGUUAGCAAUGGUUAAUCGUUGCUUAGGUAUAUACAUUAAAUUACCUGUGGCUACACCCGUCCCAAUUAUUCUAGGACAGUUUUUUUUUUUUUUUUUACACUUUCGGUUAAUAAAAACGAUCCCAUUUAUUCGCACAGUAUAAUGUUACGAAUCCAUUAUGUAGUGAUGCGGAUUUCCCACAGUGAUGGUAUUUUAUUCGCACAAUUGUUCGGUAUAAUCGAUACUUUUUUUCAAAAAAGUAAAAAUAACUAACAACCAAUAAUGACGAUAACAUAUCGGUUUUACUUUUGCUUAUUUCUUGAUCACCUUUUGAGGAGAAAAAACACUUUUAUAUAUUGCUAGUAUGCAUAUAUAACUUUACUAGUUGACCGAGCUACGCUCCGAAUAAUUUAUGGUUGCUUUUAAGUAUACAAACCAUGAAUAAUCACCCCAUAUCCAUUACGUCCUUCCGAAAUACUUACUUAAAACAUGCGUUUUACCGAUAUUGCGUAGUAUAUUUUAUCUGGCUCUUUAAAACUUAGGAUUGACGAGAUAUGAAAUAAGGAAAGUCUUUUGUUUUGCGAAUCGCUUAAAUUCCAACCAAUUAGGUACCUUUUAUUAUAUUUUAAAUAUAUUCACGAACGCCAUGUUGGGAAUAUUAUAAUAUUCGUUUAUAAAAAAAAAUAAAUAAUAUUAUUUUAACAAUUGCUAAUAAGAUUUAAUAUGUUAUAUACUCGACAAUAAUUGUAUGUACUCAAAAAUUGGCAAAAACUGCAGUUGCAAUGUAUAAUAACAUGUAUAGACAUAUUAUAGUUCAUAAAUAUUAAGUUUAGUUUUUAUUUCAUGUUGUUAUUGAUUUUUCGGCCAUGAUCUCGUAUUUUCGUUAAGCCUUAUCAUAUUAUUAUCUAUUUGUAUACACCGUUUCCAAUCAUAAACAUUAUUUGUGCGAUACGGUCAAUUUUCAAAAAUCUACAGUCCUUGAUAAUAAUAGACACUCAUUAUCUCAGAAAGGAUUACCUUUUUUCGGUAUUUUUUAUUUAUUCAUUUUUGACAAUUUAAGAACCAAAUAGUUUUCAAAUGAUACAUUACCGGUGUUUUUCACCCUUAUUAUUGGAAAUGAAACAUGAACAACUAGACUUUUGCAUAGAUUAAUUUUUAGUUUAAAUGUACUUAUUUGGUGCUGUAAUUUUAAUUUUUUUUUUUAUUUUCAUUAAACGAGUGUACACGAUAAACGAUUAUCUAAUAUCGUAUUCAUUACUUUUCACUAAUGUUGUAUAAUUAUUAUUCCUGUACGCGUCUACGCCGAGAAGAUUACUGGGUAUCUAUCGAACUGUACGGACCGUGACACGUCCUGAACGUUUUGCCUCAGUUGUUCACAUAAGGUAGAGGUUCCCAAAGUAGUCUGAAUAGACCCCAAGGGUCAAUUCUGACCUAUAUGGGGUCCAUGUCAUCGAAAAAAAUUGGAGUUGCAUGAGAUGCAAGUAAGAAUAAUAAAUGAUACAAGGGUGGAGAGAUCUAUGAUAUACAGAAAAAAUCUGCAUGUGGUCUAAGGGGAAAAAAAUUUGGGAAGCUCUGGCAUAAUAUUGCUAAAAUAUUUCCUCGUUUGCGGCGUUUUCUCUACUGAUUUCUGAACAGUGGGUAUCUUGCCUAUAAUACUUGUCUUAUAAUAUAAUAUUAGUGUUACGUUUUAAAUUUGCUCCGUUGAAUUGGAUAUAAUAAUUUCAAAUUUUUCGGUCGUAUCGUUAUGUUAAUUUUACUAUUUCUUUCGCGUAAUUUUACAUUUUUAUUUGAAAAUUGAAAAAAAAAAAAAGAUCAAAUACCAUUGACUGGUGUGCCACUCUUGUAAGUGGUAAGUUGGCAAAGUAGGAUUGGUACGUAAAGUUAUUUAAUUUAUAUCCGUAACAUGUUUUAAAAUUCCAUAAUUUUUACAAUUUGUACAACUUAGUAUUAAAUUGUUAAUAGAAAAGCAGAGGACUUAUUCCUACAGCCCACCUAGUUGAUACUAUGCUCUGUAAAUAGCUCAACAAUUGAUAGAAUGUUCUGAAAAUUUGACCACUUCUAGAAAACGUUGAUGUUAGUAUUAUAUACAUAUUUCAGGUCUCUAAAUAAUUUUACAACAAAAAAACAAAAUCGAAAACAAUUAAACCGUCAAUGCCGUAAACUUUUCUGUUUUUCUCCAGUUUUUACCAAUUAUUAUAUAAACUGAAAGAAAAAUCAAAAAAAUGUAUAUCAGUGUAUCGGUUGAAUACACUUAAAUAAAAGAAAGAAAAAUAAACACAUCAUAAUAUAGUAAAGCCAAUAAAUUCCUAGUUUUAUUCAGAAUCUAAAAUUGUAAUUUUAAUUAUUAUUAAAUCCUAUAUACCUAAUAAUAAUUAGGUGUUUUAAAAGAAUAUUUAUAAGCCUAAUAUUUAUUGGGUUGUUUAUGUUUAAUUGACGUUGUACAGGGUGUCCUACAGCUUUAUACAUUUUGUAGGUACAUUAAAACGUUUAGAAUAAUACAUUUUACAAAUUGGCUAUUUUGAAAAUUUUAAAAGUGAAAAAUAAAGUUGUUUUUUUAGUGAUUGGGAGAUAAAAAUAAAAAUUCAAUUUUUUUUAAAUUUGUGUCAUUCUGACAUAAAAACCCGAUUGAAAAAAUUUGUUUGAAACAAAAAAAAAUGAACAUUGAGAAAGUUAUUAGCAUUCAGAUAACAUUGUGGGACCCCUAUAUAGUGUAUUUCUGUAUACAAACAAAUAAAUACAAAUCCAAUAAAAUGUAUACAAUUAAUUUUACCGAAAAUUUUUGAUUUUUAUUGUAAUAUUUUAAUACUGUGGUUCAAAUGAAUAUUUUGAUAGUUUUCAGUACAACACUACUUAAACCGUACAAUUUUACUAACUAUUGCAUUAGAAAAGCGAAUAAUUUUAGGCAUAAACUGGAAAAUGUACUCUCCUAUCAACCUCCUCUGUUAAAUUUAUAAACGAACGUUGCCCACCCUGAUAUUUUGUAAAUUUCGGAUUCCAAUGAUCUCCACGUGUAAUCAAAUUUUUAUCAGUACCGUUUUAUAUGGUACUUUGUUUUGACAUGUGUUUUGAUUGUUUAUAAUAAAAUUGUUCCGUUCUGCUCAGUUCUUUACACUGCAUUUAUAAUUUACAAAUUUAUAAAGUAGGUACUAGAGCAAUAUUACAAAUUAUAAUAUUAUCGUAAACUGCUGCACCACCUUAUCGUAAAGUAAUCACAUCAUUAUAUAGUUACGUCAUUGAAAAAAUUAUAAUGUGAAAUAAUUUUGUACCCCCCCCCCCUCCCCAAUAUUUUACAAAUUAGACGGGUUUAUCUUCACUCGUGCGCGAAGAACGAUAAUAAACAGACCGCUCACACAUAUAACGUCUUCGUUUCCGUCAAAAAUAAAACACAGGUACACGCGAAAAAAUUGUCAACUGUCAAUAAUAUUUUUUAAAUUUUUAUAUAUAUACAAGUGACACGCGCAGGAGGUUUUAUAUUUGAUCGCAAAAGUAUUAUUUAUACAGCGGUGUGAUUCGAGAAGUAUACGUAUUACGUCCCGUCUAGACCAGAUCUCGUUCGGGAUUGACAAAUAACAAUAUUAUUAAUCGCGGAUACGACGUAACCGUCUCCGAUCGCACAAUGAACGGCGGUUAGAUUAGUAUUCCAACACACAUUAUUGAGUAGGUAAAAGAAAAAAAAUAUUCAUUCCAAAAAUGUAAUGAUUGUUAAUUUAACAUUGUGUUAAAACUAUACGAAAUUACAAUUGACUUGUAAUAAUUAUUCAAAAUCAACUCGUUGUUUCAUAAUUUUACAACAUGAGUUAAAGAGUAAAUAAAAGUUGGGGAAAAAAAGGGGAAAUUCAAUGUAUAUCUGUAUACGCAACGAUUGAUCAUUGUUUACAAAAAACGAUUCUGAGCAGAGUCCGGUUAAUAGUGUUGAUUUAUCAACAAAAUAUAUGUCACAUCGUGGUAAAAUAAUUACCUACAUAUGCAUUAUAAUAUAAUUAUUCUUUAAUAAUACCUAUUUACUAUAGUAACUAUUUUCCCGUUUUUUUUUUCCGAUUUUUACCAUGUUUUUCAAUUUAUUACGAAAACUCCAAGGAAAAUCAAAAAAAACCUAACUAAAGUACCACCCCAGGAAAAUUCUCUUUCAGAUAAAAUGCUAUACUUGAUACUUUGGAUCAAAAUUUCUGUAGAAUUUUUGUAUACAGUAAAAAUAAAAAAAAAAUAAAAACAAUAAACAUCUUUGAAAAACCAAUACAUUCUUCGCUAUUCUCAGAAUUUAAAAAUAAGACAAGUUUGUCCGGAAUAAAAAAAAAAAAAAAAAAAAAACUCAAUAUGGUAAUUUGACUAAGGGUAAUACAUGGUCAACCCUUUAAUGCCUCGUAAACUUGCUUUUUGACCAGUAAUCUAUUUUAAUAUUUAUUCGAAAAUACUUGAUUGUAAUGCGGGUGUGUGCAGAUUCAAAGUUCGAACAUAGAAUUUGUUUCGUGAACAACGCUUAUAUUACUAGAGGUAUUUGAUACUUAUUUGAAAGCAAAAAGUUAACCUUCGAUUUGUAUAUUUUAUAUACGGUUCGUAAUACUCGUAUGCUAUUAUAUGAUUAGAGGCCUAACCCCAGAAUUAUAAUAAUGAUAAUAAAAUCCUGAUAAUAACACGUUCGCUAUAUAAGGUAUCUAUAUAGUCUUUAUUUUCGAUUAUUUUAAUAUUAUUAUUUUCGUGCGCGCACAUCGUCGACUAGCAUACUAAUCGCGCACCGUAUCUGCGUACCAAAUAAAUAAUUCGCUUGAGUACGCAAUUCGUUAUUUUGUUUGAUAUUUCGGGGUAAGAAAUAUAAUAUUAUAAUGUAAUAUAGGUUUUCGUCCUCCGUCGACUGCAGCUGAAUUACCAAACAACGGUCAUCGUAUUUAGGAUUUGGUCAAGGUGGGAGAGGUUCAGGUAGAUAUCACGUUUAUCAAUUGUGUCAUAUUGUAUAAUGUAUACCUAAUAAAAAAUAUCAAUUUUUAUUUUAUAUAAUAUAUUUUUCUAUGUAUAAUUUAUAACUCAAUCUGCCCUACAAUAUUAUCAUCGUAAUCAAAAAUUCCGGUGUUAUGGUAAUAGUAAUUAUUAGUUGGUUCACUAUUUUAGUACUAAUAUCUAACCUCCUUAGUCCUUCAUGUAUUAUGGUUUCGAUAGGUUUCGUUUUAAAUAAGAAAAUGAAUACGUUUACGUUUGUUUUGAUAUACUUACUGGUUUAUUACUAGGUAACACUAGCACAUUUUUUUGGUUUUUCCGAAUAAAAAUUAAAGACAUUUGAAUUAUAAAAAUUAUGAUGCUAUGAAUAUUAUAUGACAUAAAAAAAAAAAAAACGGUUAAAUGGUGAGAUAUAUCUCUCUAAUUUCUCUUCUUAAGUAUGUAAUUGCGCAAUAAUAAUAUAGUUAAACACGACUGAAAGACUUAAGGAAGUUUUUUGGCUCAAUACGCUUUACGGGAAAAACUCCCAUAGAAUGGACAGAUUUCGAUGAUUAUUUUGUCAUUUCAAAAAUAAAGACGUCAUAUAGCUCGCAUUGACCUUCGUUUUUCAAUAUUUUCUUCAUAAACUAUAUAACACGUCUUAAAAAUAAUCAAUUAUUAACUUAACUUCUUUUUACUAGGUAACUUAUUUAUAACAUUAAUUUAAGUUCAAUACGAGCCAUAGAAUGUUAUUGUUUAUCAAUAUUUCUACUAAGCCAUUUUCGCGGACGAAUACGAAAAAAGUGAUUUUUUUAUUUGUACAUACAUACACAUUUCGAAAAAAGUGGCUAAUAAUAACGAUAUGCGCGUUUUAACGAUGCUACCGAAUCGAUUCGGUCACCGCGGCGGUUUUCGAUGCGCUGUUUAAAACGUUAAAAUCAAUAUACGUAUAAUUAGUUUUUAUCGAUUUUAUUUUUUUGACCUGAAUUUUGUCGUUUCCAUAUUAUAAUGUCGCCGACAUGAUUCCCGGGCAUCUCUUUCCCGGCAUCCAUAUGUACGAGUACAUAUAUAUUUUACGGUUAAUAUCGCCAUAUUUAUACUUCAACUUAUUUUUUGCUGUUUAAUAUUAGAGCGAAUUGGUCCAUUAUCAAACGUAAAGGUAAGAAUACCCUCCGUGAUCGUACGUUGGUUAGUUAUUUUGAGAUAUUUAAAAUCUUAAGCCGGAUUCGAUGAUUUUUAAACUGUAUAAUUCCACACGUUCGUGACUCGCUCGAAAAUUAAAAUAUCGAGAGAAAAAAACCGACGCGCAAAAACUGACCUUACCCGUAAGCUUGUUGAUGGAGCCUAACGCACUAAAAUAUUAAAACUAUAACAGCACAACGUCGGUGUUUAUGUACGAAAAACUAUAAACAAAACGACAUUAACCGUAACAUUAACGAUAUAACAUAACGAUGCGGUUCACAUCGACAUCUCAGUCAAACAAUAGUGUACAAUGGCCACGCAGUGCUGCGGCUGUACGCAUACAAAGUCGAUGUACCCCAUAUACCCAUAAUAAUAAUAAUAAUAAUAAUAUCAUCUUGCGAAAUUCCCCUAGAAUUUUUGCAAUCGGAUGAGACGCGUACACCUCGGCAGUGCGUACACCGACAGUGUGCACCGUGGCCUCUGACAUUUCACUUUAUAUAGAUACUUGUGUAUAUGUAUAUACUAUGUGUACGAACAACCGGUACACUUACAAAAUCGCGUCGUCUCGCGCAUGAAUAACAAAUAUUAAUAAAAAAAAAAAAAAAUUUCAAUACGCCGUUUGCACACGAAAUACUAUACACGCCAUCACCUACCUACGAGCGUACUAUAUACGUGUGCUGCAGUUUUAGUUGGUAUAGUAUUAUGGUGUAUCUAUAUAAUAUCGACGAUAACUGACGAAAUAUUAGUUAACUAAGUCAUAUGGUCUGUCUGUAAGCGACACACACUCUCACGCACGUAAUAUAUCGAUAAUAAAUAAAAAAAUACGUCGACCAUCGUUUUCAAUAUUAUUAUAAAUAAUGCAAUUGAUUUCGUAUAAAUACGAGUUAAAAUGUGAAAAAAAAAAAGACGGACAUACUUCGCACGAUGGGUGGGCCACUGUUGUUGGCGGUGAGAAGUUCGGAAGAUAAGAUGCACAGGGGAAUUCAAUGUAUGUUUUUACGCGACAAUUAAACACCGCUAACGAAAAACUAUUCUCAGCGGAGUUUGGUUAUACAUAAUACACGUUUUAAAAGGCCGUAAUAUUUAUGAUUUUACGAUAACGAACCAAUGUUACUUUUUAAACUGAAUUCGUUGAUAUUCUUAUUGGCGUGAUUGAUUUUACAUACCAACUAUAGUUUACGAUUUACAAUACUACAGAGAGUUAUUUCUCGUGUUACAAGUUUAAAUUAUUAUUGUGAUGACGCGGCAUUAAUAUAAUCAUUUAGAUUCUAAGCGAAGCGUUGAAUAUUAUAUUGAUUUCUUUAUGACGUGUUUUUGUUUGUGUCUGUAAACAACAUUUUUACCAGAAAUCUUGUUCUAAUCGAAAACCUUAUAGAAACUUUCUUGAAACAUUUUUGGUUUAGUUGGUGGAUUGAGGAGGCCAGUUUUUUAGUUUCCUUAAAGUUGUCUUCAUAAAUUUGUAAAAAAUGUCAGAUUUUUAUUAAAUUUAUAUUAAAUUCUGGGUUGGCUUGCAACAUGGAGAAAACUGCAAAUCAUUAUUAUACACUGAUCAGAAUCGUUUUUCAUUAAAAAUAAUUUAUCGUUGCGUGUAUAUAUAAAAAAAUAAAUGAAAACUAUUCUAUUAUAUAUUUUCCUUCCAAUUUCCCUUCUAAAACAGUUGUACACCUAUCAGCAGUGUCACUAUUUAAAAAAAAAAAAAUUGUAUUCGUUGUUUUGUGUUAGGCACAAUCGAACGGUUUUUUUUUUCAGAGAAAGGAAUUGAGCAAUUUGUUUUUUUGCGAUUUUAAAUGGUAUUCAACUAGUUUACAGGUGAAACAAAAACUAUAUUUAAGAGUAUAAGACACCUUGUAUGGACAUUUAUUUCGUUCUCGUUUCGGAUCGAUGUUAAUAAUGUUAUAAGUUAUGUAAAUUGUUUGCCAAAAGCCCUUGGUCAAAUAAGAGUUAUUAAUAUCAAAACGCGUAAUGAUGGUGGUAUACGUCAGUGACGGUGUCUGCCAAAAUAUUCAACCGCACGGCUUGGAGUUCCAGACGGAAUUUAUGUAAUAUACAAACCGAAAACGGCCAAAGUUGAGCCCUGUCCCAUAAAAACCGUACAAUAGUAUCGUUUUGGUUUUACUACGUUGUGUUAUUUUUUUUUUCUUUAGUCUUUUUUUAAAAAUAUUUUUUUUAAUUACGACUUUUGCGCGUACAGUACGAACUGCGUAUUGCGCAUUCAAUUACAACUAUGAUUAUAGUGCGAAUAUACGCGGUGUAAUUUAUUUAAUAGGUAGGUAGGUACGUUUAAAAUAUAUUGUCUGCAGUUGAAUAAUAAUCCCAUUAUAAUAACUAUUAUAUAAAUACACGUUCGCUAUUUUGUAAAAGAACUACGGUACUCGCUUUUUUUUUUUUUUUUUUAAAUAAACUUUGCACCAUCUUAUUGUUAUUGUUGGAAUAAUCGAAACGCGAAGGGCAUCGCCGUAAUGUAUUUUGUGCCCGUUAUUUUGACGUUUCGGCCGGUCCGUCUUUUAUCGCUAUAGUAUAAUGCGAUGCUCAUGAAAAUGUAUACCUAUAAUACCUGUACAGGAUGAUCCGUGCAUCGUCGUGUGAUCCGGACAUUUUCUCGAGGGAUUUUAAUUGAAUUCGAUUUCUGUUCAUCAGCCGUUCAGGGAUCAUAUUUAAAAUCGAUUUUCAAAUAUUGUUCCCCUUACGCUUUUGUCCUUUAAGGAAAGCAACGAGAGAAUUAUACACUUCUGAUUUGUAAAUAGAAGUCCCAUGAAUUUAUAAAGAAAUAAAAUCCAUUAAAUUAUAAACCAAUACAGUGUUCAUAUCCAAUUUUCGAUGAAAACCUUCACACUUUCAGUCUAAAUUUUAAACCGUUAUAACAUAUGCACGUCAUAUUCGAACACACGCACGCUAUACGAUGUUAUGUGUAGGCAUUGACAUUUUUCGAAAAAAAUGUUCUACAUUCUCUAUUCGAAUUUGUGGGGUGAAAUUGCUGUUUGAAAAUCCAAGGUAUGUGUUUAACACUCAUUUAAGAAAAGAAAGAAGUUGUGGGUUAAAUGUUUAAAAAUACGUAUUAAAAUGUAAAUCUUUUAACAAGUUUAGUACCAAGGGUUUUCGAUAUAGUUACUUUAUUUUGCCACGAAACUCAAUAUUGAACGACAUUAAAAAAAAAAAAUAAAAAAAAUGCAUAACUUUGUACGUUUAGGAGUCACAAUUUUUUUUGGUAAGGAUUUUAAAAUGUGAUUCUUAAUAACGGGUACCGUUUAACAGUAUUUGUUCGUCAGAUUCAAAUAAUUUGCCACUUCGUUUUGGUACCACCGGAAUAAUCACUUUUAUCGUUAUCAAUUUCUUGAUACUCCAAAUGAUGAUCAUUGACGAUUGUUUGUCUCCAAAACUAUUACACGUGUGACCCACGAGAAAAAACACCGUGGCGCUUUGGGUCAGAAGCAAGCGAGCACCAGCAUUCGGAGCUCAGUGAUUCUAUACGAUUGACAAGACGAAAAACAGAAACAUGCAAAUUCGCUAAAAAAAAUAAACCUCCGAGAAAUUCGCCGGACCGUGCGAUCACCCUGUAUAUACAGUUGUACAGCGUACCGUCGUGACUUAUUCGUGUGCCGCAGUCUGGGAAUCGGGAAGCGAAAGUAAAAACCUCUCGCCCCCGGCUGCGCGGCGCGUUCCAUCAUUUUGAAAUGCCACGUGCAGGUAACAUUGUGCACACACGUACAACAGCUAGCCGAUCGCAUACACGGUCGAGGUACGUGUUACUUUCUAACCGCCUUGCCGUUGCUACGGUUUAGUCCGUAUUAUUAUUAUUAUAAAUACCCUUCGGGUCUAGACAGGAGUCGCGCGUGCGUAUAUAAGGAUUAGCAUCGUGUGCUGCUGACGGAGAAAGUUACUCAUCCUCGCGGCGCGCGACCGCCGAAACUCUGCAAAAGAACUUGCGGCUGCGGUCGUGCGAAUCGAACGACGUUUUCUAGACAGUAUACGAUAAAUAACGGAGAGGGGGAAAAAAAACGAAAAAAAAACAAAACGAGAAGACGAACGUGGGUGGGCCACUGUUGUAGGCGAGAAGUUGGGAAGUUAGGAGGGAAUUUAAUGCGUAUCUGUACACCUGAGUUCGGUUAAUAGUGUUGCUUUGCCAAGAAUAUAAUAUAUACAUAUAUAUAUAUAUAUAAUAUUAUGGUAAAAUAUUUACAUAUGCAUUAUAUAUAUAUUUUUUUUUAAUAACAUUCGUUCGAUAUUAUACCUAAUUUCUCGUUUUUCCUACGUGUUUUUUUUCGGGUUUUCUCAUUUAUCGGGAAAACUUCUGGGAAAAACCAAAAACGAUUUCCCUAAAGUACCACCCCAGUCAGAUUUCCUUUCAGAAAAAAUGAUAUCAUUGAAAACCGGAGCAAAAUUACUGGUAGAAAAUUGGUCCACAGAAAAAAAAAAAUAAAAAAAAAUAAUAAUCAUUGUAAAACUAAUACAUUCCUCGAUCUGUUUAAAUUCUUAAACAAGACAAAAAACAAAAUGGAUAUAUGGAUAUUGGAUUUAUUAUCGGCCUCUUAUUGUUCGCUUGCCGAGCUAACUUUAGAGCGCGGAUCUGUCGUUCGGGACCCUCUCGCGCGGAUAACUCACUCAUGCUUAAGCAUCGUGCUCAGCACAAAUUUUCAAAUCGUGUUGGUUUUAACAUUUAAUGCCCGCCGAAUGGUUAUAUACCCAUCCUUCAGUUCCAUGAGUUGGAAAAAUUGGCCGAUCUUUGGCGACCGUGGCGUUUUAGUCAAACUAUCUGUAACGGGCAAAUCGAUUCGCCCUCCUUACUCUCGAAAAUUGCUUUCAGAAUUCCUUUCUGCUCUUCCAAGCCUGUUCUUUUUACUACAUUACGUUCAACAUUUUUCGGCCACUGAGUUAAAUAUAUAACGAAUCUUGAAUCAAAUUUUCAAACAUUUUCAUUAAAUUAAAUCAUUUUUAUCCACAGAAUAUCUACAAAGUACAAAAAAGGAAAACGGAAAAACAAGCAAAUAAAAAAUACAUAUUAAUAGCUCAACUAAUAAAAAUAUACAAGUUUUUUGGCAGAAAGAAAACUCGAUUCAUACAAAUUUGAAAUAAUAUGAUCGUAAGCGGUAAAUUUGUCCGUUUUAAAAUCCUUUUUCUGGUUGUUUUCAAUUGUUAUGAAAAGCUCUUGAAACGGCCUACUUAAAUACAAAGUAAUUGACAUUUUUCGAUUUGAGCAAGAUUUCCUUUAGCAAAGUUCUUUUCUGCAGACAAAAAAAAAAACACACGAACGCCCAUCAUGGUAAAACCUAUAGUAAUCCCUCACUAAACUCAGAAUCUAUAGCGAGAGAGGGAUGAAAGCUAAAUAACUAUGGUAAUAUUAUCGUAUAACGACAACAAUAUAUUUAUUAGUUAUACGAAUUUCGGUUUUGGAAAAAACGAUUCUGCUUCCUCGUCGCCGUGUGCGCAUUACAUGGAUAUACAAUAAAAUAUAAAGAAUACGAGUAUACACGUAGGUACGAAAUACUCGCGAAUGGCCUACAAAUCGCCGCCGCCAAUAAUAUCUUGGCUAUCUACGAUAAAAACAUAGGAAUUUCGAUGGACGAUAUAUAAUAAUAUUGUGUGCGCGUGUUACGUGUAAUACUAUAUAAGUCGUGGAACAUUUUAGGCAGGUACACUAAUAUCGAGAGGUGUAUAUAAAAAAAAAAAAUAAUAAUAAUAAUAAUAAAUGAAUACAAUUUUUAACACAAGCAAAAAAAAAAAAAAAAAAAAAAAACAAUAACCGAUAACGGGCGCGUGGGCCCGAGGAGAGAGAAACGAAAUGAAAUAAAAAAUAAUAAUAAUAAUUCUAGGUACAUGACGUGUAGAAGAAAUUUCGAACGCGUUCCAGACACGGUGCGCACGUGGACCGCGGUUUGUGUUCACGUCGCGGUUACGCGCGCGCUGUAAUCGUAAAAAUCGGUUACCCACCGAAACGACAGUAACCAUAACGCCGUUAGUUUAGCUGCCGUCUGUCGCGUGCCGGUCACAACAAAACAACGCUGACCUUCUAUAUACCACUACCGCGGUUCUGGUCUAAUAUAAUGUACCUAUAUAUGUAUAUAUAACCGUAUGUACCGCGGCCGCAGUGUAUGUCCACUACCGUACCGUGUAGCGGUACAAGUGUAUACAUGUACACCGUUGGACUGCACCACGUGCACCGCCAGUUCCGUUGCACUUUUUACAAUAAUUAUACACAUUAGAUACAAUAUAAUACCUAUCUUAUACCUAUAAUAAGGUUAUGAACCUUUUAUGCAGUCGAAACCACUUUCUCGCGCGCGCGCGGUGUGGAAGAAGUGUUGUGUACGGGCAGUCCGUUUUUUUUUUCGAAUAUUACUAUUGGUUUCGACGUUAUACCCGUUAACGUACGCAUAUAACAAAUAGUCCGGUGCACGUGGUCCCGUUUGCGAACUGUUUGUUAAAAUUCUGUGUUCAAAAAAAUUCAAGUAAUUUUUAGAUUCCGAGCGGUGCGUAGAACAACAAUUGGUUUCGCUUGUUCUGUCGGGGAAAAAUUUGUUACAAUUAGUGAAAACGCGCUUUUGACGCUAUACAAUUCGUCUCUUGAGUUACUCUAUUUGAAACAGCAUUUAUUGUUGUUCGAUGUUUGUUGAUUUCUGGGCUGCCUUAUUCGCAACAAAGGAAAAACACGGUUAAACUUACUCCGCUUGCAAUCGUUUUCUGAUUUGCAAUGAUUUAUCGUAGAUACAGCAUAAUAUAAACUAAAUUACCCCGUAUAUAUCCGACUUUCCCAAUUACCCACUAUCAAUCACAAUGGCCUAAUCUCGCGAAGUAUCAUUAUUUUUAAUUUUUUUUUUUUUCAUCAAUAUAAUAUAAUAUAAAAACUCAAAAUUGUUUGUAUAUUUUCAUCGUUACAGUUGUGUGAAACGUUAAGUUGGAUUCAAAAAGUGUUUUAUUUUCAAUAAAACGUUAUUCCCACAAUGUUUUACACAUUUUUGUCAAAACGACAAGUAUAGCCGGUAUAUGUAGUCGAUUUCUUUUUCUUCGACAUUUCAUUACGAAGAAAUCGAGAAAGAAAUUAUCUUGCGUUUGUACCGACGUAGUACUUAUAGACGCUUAAAAUCUAAAAAUAUAAAAAUAUAUUAAAAAAAAAAAAAAACCGUUUAUCGAUUACACCUACUACAUAAUAUGUGCUCGACCUUUCUAACUUUCACGGGUAUUAGCUAUCUCGUUAAAAAAAAAAAAAAAAAAAAACUAAGAGUUGGUAUCAAAUCUAAAAUCAAAAUACGAAAAAACCAUCCUAAGAAGGUUAACCAAUUAGUUUUUUUUCGGUGAAAAUAAUGUUAUGCGAAAAAAUAAUUAAAUACCAGUUUUUUUACUAUAACUAUUAUUAUUAUUAAUUUCUUUAUAGUGAAAACUAAUAAUUAAUUACAUUUUCUACACCUUACGUAAUAUUAUAUGCUUUUAUUAUCAUUAAACUACGUUGUUCAGCAUAUAUUAUUGUUCAUACACUCGUAGUCAGUGGCGUGGCCAGGAUUUUUUUUCAGGGGGAUGUUUUUAUUUUGUGUUUAGAUGUAACUUAAUUGUAACUUUAUUGUGCGCAACAUUUAAAUGUUAAAUGACUUUUACGUAUACUUAAUAAUUAUUUAUGCCUAACACAACGCACCUUGUAGAAAUCUGAUGCAUUACUGCAUAUUAUGGUAUAAAAUAUAAAUGUCGGUAUAAAUACGGUCAAACGGUGGUGUUUGAACACCAACCCCCGUCCCCCUCACUACGCCACUGAUACUCGUAGAUACUGAUACACUGAUAUACAUAUAUAUAUAUAUAUAUAUAUAUAUUAUAACAGCGCAAAUAGAGGCGUCUUGGUGGGGAUUUAGCCUCCCAAAUCAAUUAUCAAAUAUUAAUUAUCCUAGUAUACAUAGUCAAUAUUAUGAGGUCUUAAGCCCUUUUCAAAAUAUUUAGGCUAUUUCCGUCUGUAUUGCAAUAGUAAGAGCAUUAGGAGUACCCAUAUCUAUUAAUAAAAAACAAAACAAAACCUAUCGUGUUUAUAUGUUGAAUUUUUAUGAAAAAGCUACGCACAGUACUUGAAAAUAUUCACCUCUUUUAAUCUCUUUAUUUAUGUUUAAUAUUUAAUUUGAACCUAAACGCCAAAAUUGAUGAUCUAACUAACAUAAUUUUGGUAAUUGUUCCGUUAGUUAGAUUAAGACCGUCUUUAGAGCCCAUCGUAGUGGCAUUCACCGUUUCGUGUUUUUAUCAGUUAAUAUAACAAUACAAAUGGGUUCACGUAAAACAAAAGAAAAUUCCUUUGAAAAUGAGGGUCCCAAAUUUAUUUAUUGUAUACACGGGAAAUUAUAAAUUGUAAUUAAAAUCUACAUAUGUUGCAACAAGCCAUCAAAACUAGUCCGUAACUCAAAAGUCAUACAAUAAAAUUGAUCAAUGUAUUAGUACAUUUUAGGCACACUGUCGUAUACAAAUUAAUGUAGAUAUCAAGCUAACGUAUUAAUAACACGUUAACACAAUUCAAAAAUGUAAUUUGUUUACAGCGAUACUUAUUACCGGAACUCAUGAUAUCACCUGAAUACUGAUAUAGAGUUUAGGCGUGCCAACUUCUAGUCAAAAUAUUUGGAAAAAUUAACAGAAAGAAACGUAAAAAAAACUAAAGUUCUAAUAUUAUUAGUAAUUAUAACGAUUAAACGCAAUUUAUUUAAACUAAAUAUAAUUUUCCGUUAAAAUUAAUUUAACUCAUCCAUAGAUAUUAUUGAUAAAACAGAUUUGAAUUAUAUGACAUAAAAAAUAAGAGAAAUUAAGGGAUAUACGGAAUGUGUGAAUCAAAAGUGGUGUACAAAAACAUUUGGUUGGGACACCGGGAUGCUUGAUUCAAAUACGAGACAAUCCAACGUAACCAGAGUUGUAUUUAUACACUUUUGGCGAGCCGGGGAACUUUGCUUUAGCUUCCGUUCAUGACCCUAGAGUCGGCGAAGAGCAAAAUAUCUUCUCGUAUUUACGUGUUGUAACCCCCCCCCCCUACAUUCUAAGACAAUACAAAUUAAACAAUAUUUUUAAUUGUAUAAUGACAACAUUAUCGCGGCGGUUGUGCGUGAAAAUCAAUCGGUUCUGCGUUUACUACGAGCUCGCAAAUGCACUCGUAAUAAAAUGUCGGAUUAUAACCUUCCGGUCCGUGAAUUUUCGAUGCCUACGAUAUAAAUAUAUCAUAUUAGUUAACACGCAAAUUAACCGUUGGGAACAGUAAUUGGUAUACAAACACCGUCAAUUAUUAAGAGGUCGUCGCAAGCGGUACUUGGCCGUCUGUUAUUAACGGGCAACAUUGUAAAACAUACGUGAUGUCCACUUAAAACCGACGAAAAGCCGGUCGGUUUCGCAGAUAAAACGACCGUUUAGGAAAAUGUGUAGACAAUUCCGAAGACAAUUUCGUCUUUUUUUUAUUCUCAAAUUAUUGAAACUAUUUACAGUUGUUUAAAAAAUAAAAUAAAAUGUAACACACGAUUUUUUGUACCUUCGACGGCGAGUACGGACGUCCUCAAAACGUUUUCAAUAAGCUAUACGACGAAAUGCUGAUCGAUAUCCUAACCUAACCUAAUCGGUUUUUAAAUAAGGAUCCCAUGUGUCAUCCGGUGCGUUUUAUAAUAAUAUCAUAAUGUUCCGUGUUCCGAAUAAGACGAGUACGGCCUUCCUACAAUAUUAUCGGACAGAAAGAUGAACGAAUAGUCCCGAUGACAGCUGAUGGUUUAUCGAUCGAACAAUAUUUCUAAAUGUUACGAAUAAUGAUCGAUGAAUUAUAUUAGCUAAAUCGUUUAACUAUUCGAACAGUUUCUUUUUCAUAUUGGGUAUAGUUGUGCCAAAUGCGUGUCUACGCUAUGGUGCAAUUUUAUCGCAUCACAUCGAUUUUUAUUUACCGUUUCGUUAUUGGAAUUUUAAUAUGCUUUUAACGGUAUAGUUCAGAAAUUAAAUGUAAUAUUAUUUUGUUUAUUAUGUUAUUAUUAUAUUGUUAUAUUGCAUCGCUAUAAAGAAAAACUUUUUUUCUCCUUCGUCGUGGAGGAAUUUCUUUAUAUUAUUAUGUAAAAUAAUCUCGGAGAUUUCGAUUUAAAACCCUACUGUCUUGACUUAAAUUAUUUGGAAAAAAAAAAUAAUAAUAAACUCACAAAUACACACACACACACACACACACACAAAUAUCAAAUAUUUUAUAAUGCCACGCGAUUUUAUAUAGUAUGAUUUUAGAUUAAGAUGCGCAGAUCAUAAAUAAGAUACAGUAGACGAAAUUCUUGGGUGUAUAAGUUUUAUAAUUAUAUUUUCUAAAAAAAAAAAAGAGACUUGACAAACAUCGUAAACAGAAAUUUUUUUUUUUUAAACCCCUCAACGAAUCAUCUGUAAAAAUCAGAAGAAAAUAUAUUUUAUAGCGAUCGUUUAAAAAGUUUUUAAUUUCUAACUUGAAUUUUUAAUUGAUUUUCGGUUUUUAUAGAGAUUAAAUAAUAAUAACACUCGUGUAAAAAUAUUUAAUAAAAGACACUGCUGAUGGACAUGCCACGUUGUUUUAGGAGGAUAUUCGAAAAGGAGGAUGUAUAGAGCGAUUUAAUUUAUUUGUGUACGCGACGAUAAACCACUGCCAUCGGAAAACGACGCGCUGAGCAGAGUAUUAUUACUAUAGUGUCGUAUUCUUUUCAUUUUUGCCACGGUAACCCAGAAAUCCAAUAAUAUAAUGUUUUAUUAUUGUUUCCUCAACCGUUAUUGUAAUUAUGAACGUUUUAUAUUAUAUAACGCGAGAAAUUCGGAAUAAUUAUUAUAUUUAUUUAAGUAUAUACAUAUAUAAGUAUAUACAUUAUAUUAAUAUAAUCAAUUCUUAACCGCUCAAAUCGCUUAUAAGGUUUCCACUACUUUUUUACCUCAAUCGUUUUGAAUGUUUUCUUUUUUUUAUGAAUUUACCAUCUAAUUUUCAAUCUAAUUAGCAAUAUGCACUUUUAUGUUUUUUUUUUUUUUUUUUCGUAUUUAUGGCAUCGCACAACCAGCGAUACAAUACAUUCUUUACUAAUCUGUAAAUGUCGUUGCUUAUCGCGUAGAAGAGAAAAAUAAAACAUAAUUUUUGGCAUUUAAUUUAAUUUUUAUUGAUAUUUUCUCACACAUUUCAUGUGUGAACACGCUUCGUUCAUCAUAAUAUACGAUUACCUAUUGAAAAUUAGUUAGAUAGAAGUGAUUAUACGCAACAAAAUGUGUCCAAAAAAAAAAAAACCUCUGAACGAGAUGGAGUAGAUUCAAUGUUCUAUAUUGGCAGACUAUAUAUUUAGUUAUAUAUGAAUAUCGGUGUUUUAAAAGCUAAACGCAUCUAGUGUAUUAAGGAUGAAUUAGCUUAUCGCAGAGCCUAAAAUACAUAUAAUUUCAGGGGACACACUUCUUAGUUCAAUCGUAACUGUUAACAGGUUUCCGUUGCAAAAAAUAACUUGUGGGGGUUGUAACACCCGAAGUUAUCCCCUUUUUUAUAUACCGCUUACCUAACACAUUUAUAUUAUUUUUAUGACGCUCGGACUAAAACUAUACAAAACAAAUAUAAGUAAAAGUUCAAAAUAUUUUACUAUUAUCAGUAAAAUACACGAACACACCGUUAGAACAAUAAUAGCCAUAAUAAGCUGUUGUCACAAAUUCGAGAUCACCUACAUAAUACUUAGUAUAUUUAUAGACACAAUAUAAUCGUUAUAUUCACGAUUAAAGAUAGUACAUCUUGGUUAUAUAAUAUUUAUAAUCGUAUCGUUGACCAUGGUUCAAGUUUAUCGUUUAUUUGUAUAACAUUGACAAUGGGGAAGUUUUUAUUAAUUUAUAUUGAGAUAAACAAGAUUUAUUCGCGUUGAAAUUCCUAAUUGUUUGUUAUUUCUACAAUUAAAAAUAAAAACACGUUAUAAAACUUGGGACACACAUUUAUAAUUCAGAGGACACAGUAUUUUUGGCCCUGGCUUAUCCCAGUCCAGUCUAGUUUGUCGUAAUAGACUUCGGCUGAACUAGUUUAGUAUAGGAUAAACUAGUUUAUCAUGAAAUCAGUUUUGACCGAAAACAUAUUUAGGUGUAGAGGAAUUCAAUUGUUAGAAAUUGAAUGGGAAAUAACGGAAAUUUCCAUUUAUAUUAUACACGUACAAUAUUAUUAAAAAAAAAAUAAAAACCGAAGUAGCAAUAAAAAGUAAGUAUUUACCAAAACAUUAUUUUUUUUCUUCCUGUUAUUUGUCUCGAAUACCCACGUAUAACUGAUUAUAAAAAGAAGAACGGUUUGGUGAUAUUUUUAAUCGUAUACCCGGAUUGUGAUUCACGUCUUAAUUCUUUUUCCACUGACAUUUUAUAUUGUCAAAUCAGAUAGAUAACCGGAUACCUAUAAGUAAACCAAACAUAUUUAAUUAUGUUUAAAAUUAGCUACAAUAUUAUUCGAUUUAAAAUAUUCAUUUUUUAACAAAAAAAAAAUGAAUUUAAUAAUUCCAUUUUAAUAAUCAUACAAUAACCAGAUAAUCGGCCAUGAAUAUAUCUAAAAAUAAAUUCAAUUACAAUACACACAGUUUUAAAAAUAAGGCCAUUUAAGAUUCAAUAUAAUACUCAUUGCUAUAUAAUUGUUUUUAUACUUGUAUACAUUGUAACUAUUGUAUCGUUAAUUUUAAUUGGUUUUCAGUAUGUUGCUCGUAUAAGUCAUAACAUGUACCUAUAUGUAUUCACUAUUCAUAUUUUAUUGCACUUCCAUUAGUUAAUUUUAUGAUGUAUGUGUUCAUAGUAGGUACCGUAAAGUUUAUUUUAAACAUUUGUAUUUUGGUUUCUCGAGAAUUGUUUGAAAGCAUAAUUUGGUACUUAUAGAUUAAAAGUUUAAAAUUCGGUGACGAGUUAAAAAAAAAAAAUAAAUAAUAAUAAUACCAAUAAUUUUAAUCAAAUAAUAUUUUAUAAUUGUAAUUAUGCAUUAUAAUAUUGAUUUGGUGGGUAUGAUAUUAAACAUUUUGCUAAUUUGCUAAUCAAUUUAUAGUAUGAUUAAUAAUGUGAGCUGAUACUCGAGAUGGGCCACUGUUAUAGAUGGUUAGUGGGGGAGUUAGAACACAAAAAUGUAUUCAAUUUAGAUCUGUACGCAAUUAUUGCUAAGGCAAAAAGAUUCUGAGCGAAAAUAAGUUAUACAUACUUUGAACUGCCAACACUUUUCGGAUUUUCGUCAAGGUUUGUCUUAAAAAGCCUAUAUAACAAAAUUUACUGCUUCACAAAUUAAUUUUUUUUUUAACGAAUAUGUAAAACCUAUAGUGAACUUAGUGUUAAAUUUUCAAGCAUUUUUGUUUAGUCAAACUAUUUUAUCUCCACAAUAUCUACCAAAUAAAGCUAAAAAAAGAACUUGAAAAUUAAAAAAGAUAAACAAUUUUUCAGAAAACUUGAAAUUUAGAGAAAAAUUUCUAGUAGGACACUAUAAUAAAUUAUUGGUUAAACACCGUAAAUAACUUUUCCUAUACGUUUUUCAGAAUUUUCCCAUUUAUAAGAAAACUGUUUAGAAAAUCUAAAAAUAAACUCCUUAAUGUACCAAUAAGAUCCAAAAUGAUACAAAAAAGAUCUCUUGUAAUUUUUGAUAAAAAAUUUGCAAAGCAAAAAAAAAAAAACAAUAAAUAAAAGGAGAAAAAUUGCUUAUAUCGUAAUAAAACCAAUACAUUCCUCGCUCCGCGCCAAAUCAAAUUAUUUUUAAUCUGAUUAAUUCUAGAAAAACAACAAUUUAUAAUUAAUUCUAAUAUUAUAUGAAACGAAAUUAACAUUGUGACUAACCAAUAUAUUUUUUCACCCGGCGACGGUUCAUUAUUUAAAAAAUUCGUUUCCAACAGUUAUACAUAAUAAUGUCUGUGUGCAUGAUGAGGUAAUGUUACGCAAACUAUAAUAAGCAAAUUGUAAACGAACCGUGUGCUUUUUGAAUACAUUUUCUAAAUACCAUUACCAGAGGUAAACUCAUAUAGAUACUAUAAAAAUUAUCGUUUUACUAAAUUAUAAAUCAUUGAAUAUUAAAAGACACCGAUAAUUAAAAAGAGAAAACCCAGAAUCUAGCUUUUGAAAUUGCACGCGCAAGAUUAUAUUCUAAAGAGUAAUUUGUUAGUAUCUUCUUUAUUACAUUAAUUGUUAAAAUUGAACGCUUUUUAAUACUCUCUUGAAUUUCUCGUUUUUACGUUAAAUUAAAAAGGAUCUCGAGAAAACGAUUUUAAAAUAAAUAAUAUCGUUGUAAAACUCUGCACCGUUAUUUCAACUCCUUCAUUUAUCCUAAUCAUAAUCGUUUUAUAAAAAAAAUAAAAAACAAUUAGUUUAAAUGAUUUUAAAACGAAUUUCUCGAUUCUAUAGUAUAAUAAAGUGUACGAAUUACUUUUAUAGAGACGUUUAUAAAAAAUAUUUAAAAAACUACGUCAAGUGUUAUUUUCGUAUUGAAAUCCUGUAUUAUAUAUAUAUAUUUUUAAGAUUUGUGUGAAAAUUAUUAUCACAUAAUAUUUACAAUAAAAUUUAUUUGUCUGAUUAUUUGUUUCUAGAUAUUUAUCUGAAUGACGCUCUGUUCCCGGUUCUGUUUUGGACGGUGAGUAAUAUUAUACGUUUAUAUUUGUUUUAUUUAUUAUGACAAUUGACGGGCAUGAGGACUUGCCAAAACAUUAGAGAAUUUCACAAAGUUAUUCGCACUGAACUAAAGUGAUGACAAAAAAUAACGAUAAAAUAAAAUAUGAACAUAAAACGAUGGAACAAAUUAAUAAAAUACGGAUACAAAUACAGCAUAAUUACGCUUCGUGUUUUAAAAAAAAAAAAGUUUCACCACGAAAUACAAAACAAAUGAGAAAUUCUGAUAUUCUUACUAAGGAUUCUGUCAGGGAUUAAAUUUAAAAUUUCUGUCUCCAAAUCUAUAAAUACAUUUAAAAUAAGAUGUACAGACAUAAUGUCCAUUAAAUCACACCCGAUGGAAAGAAAAUAGAGACAAUCGGUAUGAUAUUAUUGUAUGGACGACGCAUCACGAUACACCUAUACUCGUAUUUACUUUGAGAUAUAUCGUUGGCCAUAGAAAUGGAUUCGAGGGGAUGGUAAUGGGAUAGUUACCCCUCUUUUUGAACAUAUACAUUAUAAUAAAACAAUUAUUACCAUAUUAUUAACAAUUAUACUGACAAAUAAAAGGACUGACUAGUAAAGGGGUAAUGAUUCCUAAACCGAUUAUGAACUUAUGUAACAAGAUCAAAUCUGGUAUUGGAUACAUUUUAACUAUUCUCCCUUUUCUUAGAUAAUUCUCUGAUUAUCCGGUUCGGUUACCCGACCACUAAUAUCCAUAUUGGCACAGAUCCAUAUUACGAACCUCGUAGAGACAUGGGUCCCCGAUGACACUACAUUGUAUUGACUAUUAGACUAUACAAAAACAAAAUUUUAUCAAACAAAUUGAUCGUCAAAUGUUUUUGUUUGUAUAUUUCAAACGUACACAGGUACGAACGGUACGACGAUGAAACAUCAUUGUUUUGAUAAUUUUCAAUCUACUAUAUUAAACUUGAUAAAGAUUUAAUCAACCAAAACGACAAGGAGCAACAUUGAUGCUCUCUCGGUGAUGGAAUUCAAUUUCGUUUGGACGUUUCAGCGGGAAUCGUGAUAAGACAUGGACAUUGUAUUUGCAUUUAACUUUUCGACGAGACUUUUCUCUCACCUCUCCUCCCCGCGUUGUUGUUAUUGUUGGAGAACGUUCCGUUGACUAGGUAAACGUAUAGAAACAGUGUCGUACGCAUUUGACAUGCCGGUGUGAGAUAUGCGAUAAUUAUUAUUAUGUAUACAUUGUACUCUUACUAGUUAGUGGUUUCCGGCAGUUCCGGAGGCCUUGAAAAUAUUUUGAGCAAAGACGGUUUCGUAAUCGAGGUGACGACGACGUAAUCGUAUUACCUGUGACUUAUUAUUAUAACUAAAAUAAUAAUUACGAUACGGAAUAAUAGGAAAUUAAAAAAAAAUACUAAAUAACGUAUUGCGUACAGUUUUUACACGUGUAAAACUAUUUGUCUACAUUAUAUUAUUUUAUGCCGUCGAAUAAAAAAAUGGGCUCAAGAUAGUCCUAUUUAAAUAACCCGAACGCGUAGAGUUUGAAACACUAUUACGAGUAAUAAUGGCAGUUCGGUUCGCAAAUUUCUAAGCGAAAAAGUUUUUAGACCGAGAGAUUUAAAUAGUAUAUUGCAUUUUGGUAUUUUUUUUUUUUUAAAUUUUUAAUCAUAAUAUGCGGCUAAGUAUUGUUUUUGCAUAUCUAUUAUGCCGUUGAACCAUACAUCACGUGCAGUCAUUUUUGUCGCUUUAUUGUGAUAAAACACCACAUCGCAUUGCUUAAUAAACUAUUACGUUUUACAUUAUUAUGAUUGUUCAUCGACUCCAGUUUUUAAUAAUUUGAUAUUAAACAUUUUUCGUGAUUUAAUUGAUAAUUAAAAUAAAAAAUGAGUGUGAUAUAGUUUAAUCAGAAGCGUGGGUAUAGAUUUUUUAUGCGGAAAGGGGAUGGAUUUUGACUUAUAAUUAUUUAUAAUAAGUAGUGAAUUGUGAAUAUACGAAUUGGUAGUUGAUUUUAUUUAUUUACUGAUUGAGAUUUCGAAAUGGGGGACGGGUAAUUUCUCCUCUUAUCCACGCCCCUGAGUUUAAACAAAAACUCUUUAAGAACAUUGAAAUAUUUAUUAUAAUUUUAUAUCAAAUGAAUUAUUAUAAAAUUCUAUUUUGGUUUAUAUAAAAUAUAUGCUAUGAUCAUUAAAAUUCCAAAUUUUCUCCAAAAACUAAUUUUUUUUUUUAGAAGUAUUGAUAAUUUUGUGAUCUAAAUAUUAUUGGAUUAACGUACAUCGAUUUAAUAAAUAACUGCAGUUGUUUAAUCUCGAGAUUUUAUAUUUAUUAUAAUGCGUAUAGUCUAAACGUUUAUAACAGACGUAUAAUACCUAUAUUAUAAUACCAUAUUUUAUAUUGUGUUACUUACUGUUCUAUUGGGCACUUAGCCCGUAAAAAAUAUACAAAUUAUUAUCGUUAAUUAUUAUCAUAGUGCCACAAAGUCAAUUAUUAAUAAUAGAAAAAUAAGAAGAAAAAAAAGACGUGACGUAUUGUAGUUGUACUCAGUGUUAAAAUCCGAUGUGAUAAAUAAUCAUGAUUAUUUAAUUAGUUUUUUGAGCAAUAAUAAAACAAUACGAUUAAACAUGUUCAAAUCUGUAUUUCAAUAUCGUUUUGCACGCCCGGAUGAAGAAAACUCCGAUUAAUCCGGGUUUCAGGGUUAGAUUUUUGAAUAGGUCCGUUAAAAAAUAUAGGAAUCACCUUGUCAGUUAUUUACAAAUUUUUAUAUUCAAACAAUGCAUUCAAGUACAAACCACCGAGAAUAGAGUAAACAUAAACUGUCAUAGCCCGGGGCCCUAUUCAGGUUCGUGUGCCCUAGGGCAAUGGCCUCCCUGGGCCCACGUCACUGUAUUAUGGUUAACGCUCAAUCAUUUGUAUACGUGAUAAAAAAAAAACUGAUAAAGUACACUCGAAUAAGUUUUGAAAAUAUCGCAACUUGAACCAAGUAUCACGAGUACUGACAAGGCGUUUUACCUGAGCGAGUAAACUUAAGUAUUUUAGAUUUAUUAAAUGUUUACCCUUCGUUUCAACAUGUAUGACAGAAUAAUUGGUAGUUUAGAUCGGGGGUUCCUAACCUUUUUAUUAUCGAGUACCACUUGACACAUAUCAAUGAUUGACAUAAGAUCAAUACGAGUACCACUUUAGUUCUAAAACUGAAUCAGGAGAGUCAAAUUUUUUUUUAAUAUAUAUUUUAUUAUUAAUUCAAUUUGUUAACAUAUUUUAUUGUUUAUUAUUCAUAAAAGUAAAAACAAAUCUUAAUUUUUAGGUAAACCUCUUAAUAUUUAAAUUACAAUUUUUAAUUUUAAUAUGUAAAAAAAUGUCUUCACGUACCAUCUAUGAGCUUUCCGCGUACCAAUAGUUGUACUCGUACCACAGGUUGAGAACCGUUGAGUUAUGCUUUUCACAUCGAUCUUAAAAAUUUGGGAAGUCAGAGGGGAGAUUUAAUGUACAUCUGUACGCAAGAAUUAAUCAUUGCUAAUUAAAAAUGAUUCUGAGCGAAGUUCGGUUAAUAGUGUUGCGUUGUCAACAAUACAUAUGCCAUAUUAUGAUACAUUAAUUACGUAUACAUUAUCUAUAUAUUUUCUGUAAUAAUAUUUGUUUAUAAUUGUAUCUAUUAUCCCGUUUUUUUUCGGUUUUUACUAUAUUUUUUUCAUUUAUUGGGAAAUAUCAUAGGAAAAUCAAAAAUGACCUCCCUAAAAUACCACCCCAGAAAAAUUCCCAAGAAUAAUUCUAUACUUUAUAUUAUUUCGAAGCAAGAUUUUUUGGUAGAAUUUGUGUACACAACAUAAAAAAUAAAACAAACAUCUUUGUAAAACCAAUACGUUUUUUCUACACUCAAAUUUUAAAAUACGUAUGAAUAUUAUGCUAGUUGACCUGAUAUUUUAGCUGUUUAACUAAUUAGUUAUUUCUAAUUUACAAUUUUACAAUGUGUUUUUUAUGAUCUUCGCAAGUUUAUGCGUUGACUGUUUGGACAAAUCAUCAAAUUUUGGACAUUUUCGCUUAGUAACAACUAAAAACCAUAAUAUUAUAGUAAAAAAAAUAGCGCUGUGAUCACUAGAAUUGGUAAAAAUAUAUCCGUUCGAUCCGAUUCAACGGAUUGUAUACGGAUAUCAUACAACUCUCAACUAGCAUGCUUUAUUGUGACAUUCUGGAUAGUUAGAACAAUCGUCAAACAGUCUUUUGUAAUUUAAUAAUAAUCCGGAUUAAUGUUAUCGAUCCGGAUUGACAUAUUUUUGUCAAUGAUACUGUAUGAUUGAUCCGGAUUUAGUGCUCAGCAACAGUAAUAACAUGGUUAUUCCGUUGAAAUUUUAACCAUAUAUUUAGAAAACACAGUAAGACAUAUUAUUUUUUUAUUGAUCAUUAUUACAUUAUUAUAUAACACGUUAUAAAAAGAAUAUUAAUUAAUAUAAUAUACGACAAACCUGAUUUUUGUUAUUUCAAAAGUCCUUAAACGUUUUUUUUUCUAUUCUAGUUAUCGACUUGUUUAUGACAUUCGUCUCGAAGCGAUAAAUUUAUUUUCUUCCUUGUUUUUUCUCCUCCCAAGUAUGGAUUAUUCGUAGAUUUCAUUUUUUUUUUCCGUUAUUAUUAUUAAAUUUAAUCGCACGGUAUAAUGUAUAAUAUUAUUAUUUCCGAAUUUUUUUUUUUUUUUUUGUUUACCGUAUUCAAUGUACCGGCAAAUUUAUCCGCGCUGGUUUCACGUUAGCGGUUCGUCACACUUCAUUUCUUUUAAUCAAGUUAUACAAACAUAAUAUAACAAUAAUUUACGUAUUGUCAUUAUGGUACACGCAUAACAAUAUGACCAACGCGCGCGAUAGUCAUUGCGCAUCGUUUACCUUGAGACAGCUUUCGUUUUAUACGAUAUUCUUCGUAAAAAUUGAAUACGAAACAUCAUAUUUGAUUUAACCGUUCGGUAUCGGCUAUUAUACUCUACACACGCUAUACUCGAUAUCUGUUCGAGUGAUCUUAUCUGAUAACGAUUUUCCCAUUGUCAGCAGACCGGUGUCAUCGCGUGUUGUCAUUAUCACUAUGUGUAGUCUGUGCGUACGCAACGCCGCCGUUACCUAUUAUAUUUUCAGUAUAGUCUACGCUUGUUUUCGACGAUUACUGUAAUUCUCACGGCCAACAUAUUCGACAUCUCUGAUCGGUCUUUAAUUUAAUUUAUUCAUAUAGCCUAUAGUCUUUGUUUCUUUAAAGAAAAAUUUGAUAUUGCGUACAACUUUCCUAACAGUAAUAUAAUGUUACGCUAGUUAAUGAUUAAUUUUCGUUCUUACACAAUGUAAUAAUAUUAUAUUCAAAGAAAUUUUACCGAACAUAUAGGUAUACUUAAUUGAGUUCAUUAACGUUUCGGCGAAAAUAUUGGUUUUUUUUUUUACCCGUAAUUAUGGUGGUUUCUGGUGGACAUUUUCAGAUUCUGCGUGGAGCGAAGAAUGUAUUGGUUGUACAAUGAUGUUUAUUUUUUUUUAUGGACACCUUUUCUACCAGAAAUUUUGCUCCGAUUUACAAUGAUAGCAAUUUUUCUAAAAGAAAAUUGGACUUGGGAGGUCCUUAAGAGAGGUAAUUUUUUUUAUUUUCACAGUUUACCAAAUAAAUGGGAAAAACCAGGAAAACACAUGGGAAAACUGGGAGAACGAGAAAAUAAGUAUCCACAAUAUUAAACAAAUAUUAUUAAAGAAAAUGUUUAAUACAUAUACAAUUAUUUUACCACAAUAUAAUGAGUAAUGAUAUAUAUAUAUUGCUAAUAAAGUAAUACUAUCAACCGAACUCUGCACAGAAUUGUUCUUUCAUUAUCAAUGGUUAAUCGUUUUUUACGGAUAUACAUUGAAUUCCUUUCUAUAUCUUACCUUCCCAACUUCCCCCCUACAACAGUGGCUGCACCCGUCCCCAUUACCCUUAGGACAGUUAUUUUAUCCAACUGCGAUGCGUUUGUGGCAGAAUCUAAAAUACCUCGGAUUCCCGGGAACACGGUUUUUCAUAAAAUCGAUAGCGUUAAUAAAUUUUGUUAGUGAAAAAAUAAGCCAUAAGAGAUGUAGCCCUACUUUAUACAUUAUUUACCUUACAAACAGUGCUGUAAUAUAUCUAGAUUAAUGUAUCUAAUAUAUGGUACCUAGAUACUUUCUACAAAAAUGUAUCCGUAUGUGUAUCUUAAUGGAAGUAUCUAAGAUACUUUUUAAGACACAAUUCAUAAUUUUUUGGUUCAACAAAAUACAAAAAAAAACUUAAAAUUUUUUCAAAUAAAAAUACCAACAAUUCAUUAUUGAUAUGUAUUAUUUUUUGAUUUUUUUAUUAUUACAUAAUUAUUAUGUAUAAUUGUAUGACUAUUGUGUAUUCACAAGUGGUUAAUACCCAAUAUUUAUUCUAUAUUUACCAAUAAUUAACCAAUAUUUUAAUAUUGUUAAAUAUUACUAACUAACAAUGAUUGUAUUAUCAUUUUUAACUUUAUAAGAAUACAAUUAUAUUUGAAAACUGACAUAAAAACGUAGUUUAAAAUUAUUGUAUUAUAAAUUAUGUACCCAUUACAUGUUUGUUAUAAUUUUGUAAUUGCAUAUUUUUAAUGAAUUAAAUAUUUAUAUAAAAAAUUAUCUGUUUUCCUAAAUUUAUCUUACGAUAUUUUUAAGAUACUUUCAAACAAAAUGUAUCUGCAUCUGUAUUUUUAUCUGUAUACUAAUUUAAAGUAUCUGAUUACAGCACUACUUACAAGUUUAUAUUAUUUACUCAAAGUUUGGAUUAAAUAUGAUCAACACAAAUUUAGUAAAUAUUCAAUAAAUUUGACUAAUAUUAAAAUCAAUAACAUUUAUUAGUCAGGAUGAGAUCAUUAGUCGAUCGCUUUCUAUUAGCUUUUUACUUGCGGAAACACAUUUUAUUGUUACCACUCUCGGGUGUCGGCUUUCUCGUGUAUCUUAUACCAUAACGUGGUUUUUCAUUCAACCAUGACAAUGUGGCCGUUUGUGUAUUAUGUUCCGAUACUGAUGGCUUUUUUUAUUUUUAUAUUUAAAUAAUCUAUAACAUUAUGCUGGCGGAACAACUGAGAGUAAUUUUUGUAUUCCAUAUUUUAAGAUUAACCGGACCGUGAACAAGGUUUUAAAAAUUAUAUAACACUGAUAACGAAUACGCUAUCGAUUUAAAUUGAGAUGAAAAAACAAUUUAAAUACAUUUUUGUUUAAGUUCCGAAUUCUAUCUACAGUUCUACAACCAAAACUAAUAAAGUACGUAGGCACACGCACAGCAGAUAGUGUUAAUAAAUUAUAAUCACGGCCUAUGUAGAUAGUUGUGCUAUCACGUUAAGCGGUCAAACUUUGAUGGUCGGGUUAGUCAAAAGUUUAAUUUUUGGACCAUAAGGAUGUCAGCCCUUUACCCACUCCCCUAGAAGACGAAUCAAAUCCGCCACUGCUGAACAUUACAACCUCCGGUCGAAAAAAUUCGAUAAUCGUGUCCAUUAAGUAAAACGGUUUUUCGCCGAAACGCCAAUGUUCCCGUACACUCCUCCCGUAAUAUAAUGGAAAACCAUUAGUUAAUAAUCAUUAUUAUUAUUAUUCGUAUAAAACUUUAAUAUGCGCACGACUAAUAUUCGUGCUAUUCUCCCGAAUUCGAUACGUUUAUAUCAGAGGUUCUCAAAAUUUUUUUCCCCGUAGGCCAAUUUUUUCUGUUUUUCGCAGACCCUAAAUAUUGAAUGUUUACAAAUUCAUCAACGUGUUUUUGACAGUUUAUACGGAGCCACUCAUUUGAAUUAUGUUUACUAUGGAGUGAAAUAUUUUAAAAUAAAAAACGUGUAAAGUUUUAUGUUGUCAUAUCUUUAUUUCUUUAAUAACGACAAUAUUUAUUUAAUUUUUUAAUUAUUAAACCGACAGGAAAUGAAAAUUAAAUGUAAUAACAUAAAAAAAUAAAAAUAAUAUCUUAAACGGGAAGGACGAGUCUGAUGCUUUGGUAGUAUAUUAUCGAUAUUUGGCUUCAAAUUAGUCAGGUUUAACCUUAAAUCUCCUCUACCAGUCAUUUCCAAUCUGUUUCUUUAUCUUGUAAGAAGAUUGGCAACCGUGCUAAAACGAUACAAGCAUUUUUGACUUAAUAACUAUCGUGGACGGACCUCUUAUUUACACCUCAUGCACCCCCAGCUUUCUUUUUCGUCAACAUGGACCUGUUGGCAGGUUAGAAUCGACCCCAAAGGGUCGAUAAAGACCACUUUGGGAACCUCUGGUUUAUACGAUAAUUAUAACGCGCACGUCCAGUCAAUGUAGAAACGAUUUACGAAAAUAUCACAUGUAUGUAAACUCCUAUUCGUAUAAAAUAAUGAUAGUAAUUUGUAUAAUAACAAUGACGGAUUCUAUAACGCGACAACAAUAACGCUCGACCGGUAAGGUUAGCCCGACAAAAACAAUAUCGCGCCACUCCUCGUCCGAGCUGUACAACAGCGCAGUCGCUACAAUAUUGUUCCUCGUGCAUACCUCUCGGGCUUACGGAACACCAGAGGUAAAUCGCAAAUAUUUUUUUAUGUUUCCGCGAAAAAAAGCGAUAUUAAUAUUAUUAUAAUGUCAUAACGGUAUUACUGUGUUUACUCUCUCGCGCGCGCGCUCGUUUUUAUUCGAACAACAGACGUUUCCGCGUGGACAGUGAUACUACAAUAAUAUAAACUAUUAUGAUAUUAUAAUAUCAUCGACGUAUAAAUAAGGAUUGUCGGCCGCUAUCAAAGUAUAUUCGAGUACUCAGUACACGUUACGCCCCGUCACCGGCGAAAUCCGGCCCGAUUCGUCCGAAAGACGUUGUUAUUUACACGUAAACGUUUCGUUAAUUUCGUUGGUUUUGACGUUAGGCCGUAUUUGCCCGUUACCGAACCUAUAAAGGUAUAAGAACGCCGUCUUACAUUGAUAGUUGCACGUCGGUUGUUUGCUCGAAAUUUUAAUUUUCAAACGAGCUACGAUGACGAUUUUUACGUACCGUAAUAUUUCGCACGUUCGAAACUCGCUUGGAAAUUAAAAUAUCGAAAAAAACCAACCUAAAAAUCCAUAAUAUACAGACAAGAUUUCUUAUCUUUAGGUUUGAAAAUAAUAGGUAAAUACAUCCUAAUGCUAAAACUAACAGCACGAAAUUAACGAAACGAAUAAUACACGUAACGUAAUUUCGUGAAUUGGGCAAUUUCCCCGAUAUAGGGUGUAACAUGUUACGGUUAUAUUUGUACUUUAACCCGAUUUCGCGGUGUUAGUGCUAACAGUAGGGUGCGUUUUUUCCGUCUGCGCAUUUGUACGCUAGGUUUUUUAUCGAUAUUUCAAAUCAGAUUCGACGAUUUUUAAACGGUGAUAAUUCACAGUUAUUCGUGACUCGGUUGGAACAACGUAGGUACAAAGAGAGAUUUUAGGAGAAAUUGUCUGACCUUUAAGUUUGAUUAUAGGCUAAUACGUUCUAAUAUUCGAACGAACGACGCGAAAUCGGUUUUUAUACACAAAAAGUAUUUAUGUAACGACAUUAACCGUAGUAACGUAUAUUAUGCAUGGAAACUUUUGAUUAGCUGUGCACGCAUUUUAAGACAUCAAAAACCGAUACACGCGAACACUACGUAGAUAUUUCGCUAAAAAUCAACAUUGAGUUUGAACUCAAACGAAAAAGAAAAAAAACGUUUACCAAAUCGAAAUCGGCUCGUGAAAAAAAAAACAUUCAGAUACGCGUCAAUAAUAUACAUAGUUACUAGACUACAGCAUUUAAACGUAUCUCUCAUGGCCGCCGGAAAAUCGUUUUUGCUCUUUGGUGGCGUCAUUCUCUUUUUUACAAUACAACGUAUUUUACCUAACUAUUUUUUAUUUUUUAUUUUUUUUAAAUCCCCAUCCGAAUUUCUUUCUCUGGAGUUUCGCAAAGUAUUCAACUAUAAUAAUGACAUAUUUCCCGCGAUAAUAAAUAAAUAAUAAAUCAUCACGUUUUAUCGGUAGGUCGACACCUUUCUAUAAGUGGCACAGUUGCGUUUAAAGAGCAUUUACCUAUUGGACAAAAAAGUGUUACAAAUCUAUUUAUUUUUUUUAAAAUCUUAUAUAUUAUAUUUGAAUCACAAAUUUCGAAAAGGAUUCGGCUUUGAAAUUCGAUAUUUCUUUCGGUACGUAUUGUUUUAUCUUCUACCAGUCGACACAAGUCCUUUUCGAAAUUUACUUGAGGAAGUCUGUGUUUAAGGCAGAUAUGCUCAUAAUUCCUUGGUAUUUACUCAUAAAUUAUAGUUCUGUGUGCGUGUAAAUGUAAAAAAAAAAUCGAAAUAGUCAAUUUUGACCAAAUCUCGAGACUUUCAAAAUCAGUUAAAACGUAAUGUAAACAAAAAAAUAAUUAUUUUAAACUUAUCGAAAAUAAAAUUAAUAAUUUAAUAUAACUUUUGAGUCCAUCUAUGCUAAAAGCGUGUGAAUUAUUUUUUUCAGUACCAUUAUAUUAAUUGUUGUAUAUAAAUUUAUUAUCUGUACGAAGUAAAACAAAAAUUAAAAAUUAUAUUUUGUUGAUCCGAUUUCUUUAAAAAAAACAUUUUUUUUAAAAAUUAUAUUGAAUAUUUUACUCUUUUAUUUUUAAACGUUGUAAUUCGACUCAAAACCAGUUAAACGGAGUGAAAAAAGUAAAAUAUAAAAAAAAAUUCCUGGAUUAAUAUAUCUAAGCGUUCACAAUAUGUAAACCGCUAUGACGCGAACAAUGCGACCAGGGUUUUAAACGUACGAAUGAAUAUUAUACAAAUAAUAAUAUUUCGUCUUCGUUAUUUUUGAAAUCUGUGUAAUACAUUUUUAAACAAAAAAAAAAUCAUGAAAAAAAAAAUAUAAUUAUAAUUUAUCUUUUUUUCUUUUUUUGCUUUACACAAGUUUUUAAAAGGCUUUUAACAGCUUUAAUAUUAUACGUGUAUCUAUCUACUCGGUAAAAAAAAAAAUAAUAAUAAUAAUAAUAAUUCCCUACGUAACGUUAUAAUAAUACUAAGAAUAUAUUCUUUGAGUAAUGUACACAUUAUAUUACACGGGUAUAGCUAUUUUUGUGGUAAGAAAAUAAUAACUGGUUUCGUUAUACGAGUAAAAAUAAUUGUAUGGGUAUGUGUGUUUUAAUUUUUGUUAUACAACAAUAAAAAGGGAAAAAAAAAUUGCGACUUUCGGACUUUCUAAUAAAUUCUUAAAAUAAAAUAAACAAACAAUUAAAAUAUUAUCAAAUACCUAUACCGUUAAGAUAUUUUAAAAUAUUAAAACGUGUAUAGUGACUAGACAUCAUGAGUUAUAGUAAGAAUUGUACACAACAUUAGGGAACGCGCAUUUGAAAUUCUAGCGCUCGUGUCUGGCAUAUUAUACCGAGUUUUCUCGGAGUUAAAAUAAACCUUUUUAGUUAAUUUUCAUUUGUUUGGUUUUUUUUUUUUUUUUUUUUUUAUCGCUUACAAUUACAUAAAUUCGUAACAAUUAAACGGAACGUCCGAUUAAAUUUUGUUUUAAUAAAAACACAGUGUUUAGUUCGUUGUAUUAGAUUUUUAUCGUAGAUAUUUUAUCACACUAUCUACAACCGUUCGCCAAGUAUUUUUAAAUAACCGUAAAUUAAAGUCGAUUUUGUUUGUUAAAUUAGAUCAGUUUUUAUGCUUCAUUUACACGUAAGACUAGUUUUUAUUGACAUUUGUAUGUUGUACUACGUUAAUAUUCAAUAUAUAUUUGUAAUUUGUAUAAAUUAAAAAAAAAAAAAAACAAAACCACACAUUUUAAAUCAUCUGAAUCGCAACGAACAAAAUGGAAGGAUAUGAAAUCAAAUUUUCAAAAAUUCAAAAAUAAGGACUCUCUAAUGUUACACGUUAUAUUAUAUAAUAUGUUACGGCUAAUGUUGUAGAAUCGUUUAAUCUCGGAAUACUUAAACUUUAACCGAUUUUAUGCUGCGAAUUAAAUUAGUGUAUUAAUUGGUGUAUUGGACUAUUAUAUAAAACUUAAAGGCACAAAUUUUAUGGUCUGCGUUUGUACGUUGGUUUUUCCGAUACUUUAGUUUUCAAGCGGAUAAUUUUCAAUAUUGUAAUAUUUCACAAUAUGUUCAUAAAUCGCUUGAAAAUUAAAAUUUCGAGAAAAAUCACAACUCACGAAAUAAGAUAAUGUUUUUACAUUUGAUUUUGAUAAUAAGCUGAUACACAAUAAUGUUGAAACUAACGGCAAAAAAUCGAUUCGUAUACGCAAAAAGAAUAAAUUCAAUGACAUUAACCAAUUGUGCGUUUUAUUUGUUACAAAAACAAAACUCGGAAGUUGUACAGGAGGUACACACUUAUUUUUUACCAUAUAUAAUCCCGAUUUUCAGCGGAUCAAACUAUGGCCUAUAAUUCUAUUAUACCGUAUAUUAUGAAGAGCUAAAAAACACCCGAUAUAACAUGCAUGUCAUGGUUUUUUAAUAUUUUAUUAGGUGUAUCUUAUAUUGCAUAUUCUAUAACAUUUAAGUUUUGCGCGUUCGUACCGUGGGUGGUGAUAUGAAUGAGGUACUUCGGGCAUGACUUGUGUAUAAGGGAAUCAAAAACAAUAUAAUGAUAAUUAUAUUGAAAAUAAAUAUAAGAGGAAAUAGAGGGGGAGAGAGACCGAAAAAAAAAAAUGGUUGAAUGAGACUGAGAAUUCGAGGACAGCAGGCGUAUGCGAGGUAGGAAAUCGGGAUAAGUGGAAGUUUGGGACAAUGAGACCUGUACCUCCGAGCCAUUGUUGUAAUAAUGAUAGGUAUAUUGUUGUAUGUGAAUUAGUUUAGACAUUAUUAUUGUUAUCGUCGCCACUUACUAUUCCUAUGUAUGUAUUUUGGAGGCGGCGAAAAAUUGCCAUAAUCUUCGUAAUGUCUAGGUCUUAAUAUAAAUAUACAUAUAUUUGUUCAAUUUCACAUAUUCUAGUGUUUUUGAAAUUUUUGAAUAUAUUUUGGUAUUUUCAGUGCAUAUAUGCAUAUUGUUAUAUAUUCAAAGGACUCGAGGGUGUAUACGUACAUUGUUUACCCUAGUGGUGUCAUAAACCUAUAAUGCAUGUCUCUGUUUUCUCGCCAAUAAUAAUAUUUACUGACUGUAAUACAAUAUAAAUCCAAACAAACCGGGGUACCGUAAGAUCCUAACGAAUCAAUGCAUUGAAAAUAAUCAAGAACAAAGCAAAUACGUUUGUAUUUCGAAUGGCUCGUGUAUCUUUUUAUAGAAAUACUAAUAAUAUCAUGUUAUUUACGAACAUUUUUUUUUUUUUUUUUAACCACAAUCCUGUUUUUAUGCAAACAAAACAUUAAUAGUUGUACACGAGCACACGAGUAUUAUGAUACCGACAACCUUCCAGCAUUUUUUUUUUUUUUCUACACCGAUCGAACGGAAAAUCAACGGAGGACGGUUUUUUUUUUAGCUUAACAAAUCGUUCAGUGAAAAUCGCAUUCGAAUAGUCGCAAACGCUCGAGCGAUAGAGCGCGUAUUCCCGGUGGACGGACCGACGCGGGAAAAAUCAUAAAGUAGCUUACGCCACUUAAUAAUGUACGCGCAUGUACUAUUACCGUUGUACAGCGUUAAACCGUUUCUCGAUCAUAAUCCGAUAGAAAUAUCAAUAAAAUAUUAUCUAUAUACACUCGACUAGUAUAUUAUUAUUUUAUCUACUUAGGACUCGACCCACGGACAACAAUAGUCACUUAAUAUAACAUCACACUCGAUAGGAUGCCUAUAAUGCGUUUUGCGUGUACUUUUUAAUCAAAAGUCAGCGUGUUUAUGAAUUUUUGUUAUUAUUAUUUUUUUUUUUUUUUUGCGUCUACAGGAGGUAUGGUCCGAGGUCAUGUGGCUUUGUGCUUAGCGACGCUUGCGACGUUCGUGCGGUCAGGCACCGCGGGAAUUCUCGAAUGGGGACGAUCCAACCACAUAGAAGUCAAUAUACCCUGGCUACCAUGUGAGUAUUAUAUUUAUACACUUUGGUUGUAUAGUACGUAUGUAUGGUAAGUGUUUGAAUUGCCGUGAAGUCACGACGAAUGAUCCAUUUUCGGCGUGUAACUCGAACACCUGGAGUUAUUCUAUAUUAUUGUAUAAAUGACAAUAAUUACCUCGGCGGUCGUUUUAGCUUUCAUCAGACGUUUAAACGGUCCGUUUUAUCUAUCGGUCAAAUAGUUCGCUGUUUAUUUCUGCGUUGUUUUUGACUUACGUUAUUUGCCGGUAAACGCCAUACAAAAAAAAAAAAAAAGUGACAUACUUCGUAAAAUGGUUGGGUUACUGUAGAUGAGAAGUUAGGGAGAAAGAGGGGAAAUUUAAUAUAUAUCUUUAAUACAAUUAUUAAUCAUUGCUAACGAAAAACGAUUCUAAGCGGAGUUCGGUUUUACAUGUUUUGGCCGUACCAUUUACGAUUUGAAAUUAAUACAAUUCGUACAUUUUCCCGUUUUUCUUGGUUUUCCUAUUUUUUAUGAAAACCACUAGUAAAAUAAAAAAACAAUUUUCUUAAAGUACUACCCCAGUCAGAUUUCCUUACAUAAAAAGUUCUACACUUGAAAAUCGGAACAAAAUUCUGGUAGAAAAGUUGUUCACAGUAUAGAAAUAAAAACAAACCACCAUUGUAAAUCGAAUACAUUCCUUGCUCCGCUCAGAAUUUAAAAUCCCUUCUUAAUUGUUAACGAAAAAAGGCUAUUUGCUUGGUUUUGUUUUUUGAUUUCAGUCACGAAGUACAACUUUAAAACGUUGUUAAUUCUUCCCUCUAAUGGUUGCCAACCGAAUUUUUUUUUUUUCAAAUUCAUUUAAUGUUAAUACCAACUACAUAAAGAAUUGUCUGUAAAAAAAAAAUUGUUAAAAUUAUAGAUUAGGUAUCAUUAAAUGAUUUAUCUAAUGCGUUUUUUAAAUUUAUGUUUCGAGGUUAGACCGUCUUAGCGAUGAUUUAAACCAUUUAAAUAUAUUUUUCAUACAAAUAUACUAUACUUAGAUGUUAUAUUUUUGUUCAGUAACAAAUAUUUUAAACGUCCGGUUCCGAUGCUUUUAAGUGUAUAAUUUGUGUGUGGGUUUUUCUGGAAAUCGGCUAUAGGUCAUUCUACAAGAAAGAACCAAUGCAAUAACAAUUAAAUAUUCCAGUUUUAAUUUUAACCAGAAAGCGACUUAGUUAGGUACAGUUGUUUUUAAAUAACGUAAAAGAAAAAAAAAUAUACCCAUUAAGCGUAAUGUUUUAACUUUAUUUCGAGUUCUAAAUUUUGUAUUUACGGUCCCAAACGGUAUAGACAAUAAUAAAUUUGAGUUACGAAGUUUAUCAUCUUUUUUCUGUAACUUUUCAUGGUUGUAUCGUUAAUUAUUAUAAUUUAUAAACGAUGAUGAUAAACGAAAAUAAUCGUUUUUGUUUGAUAACAAUAAUAUUAUUAUCGUAGAGUUUGCGUAUUAUAAUGCGUAUUUAUAAUAUAUUAUAAACAACUAAGGCAAUCAUUUAGAAAUCAAGUUAUACCGAAAAAUGCCAGUUUUUCCGAAUUUUAAAAAACUACAAGGAAAAAAAUGGAUUACUAAAAGUGUUCUUGGGUCAGUUUAAAUUGUUUUUUCUUUUCAGUAAUUUAAUAAUAGCGAAAGUUGGGUUUGACGUUACAAUUUUUUUUUUUUUUUAUAUUCGUUUGAAGUGCAGAUUUUUACGAUAACGAUAAAAAUCACGGCAUUUUACUCAGAAUCGAUUUUCGUUGCAUACAGACGCAUAAACUAAAUGUAUUCUACAUUCCCAACAAUACUUUCCAUCUAUAACAACCAGCAGCUGUGUUGGCCUUUAUUGGUAUUUUAUUAUUAUUAUUAUUAUUUUUUUUUUUGCCGAUAAUUUGAUAUUUAUAGAAAACUGCCACGUAUCAUAAGUUGAAAAUAAAAACCGAACAACUCAUAAUAUUUAUGUACAUUUUGUUUUUGAUUUCAAGUCGAAAACGAGACGAGGUGUUACGACGAACUAGGAUGUCUAAACAUCACGCGGGAUUGGUAUCACCUUAUUUACCGCCCGUUCAACGUGUUUCCGUUAGCCAGACAAGUCAUCGACACUCGGUUUAUACUGUACACGAGAAAAAACCCUUUACAGGUAACCAUCCGAUUAUAUUGCGCCGAAAUUUUAUUUUCACACAAAUAAUAUAUGUAAAACAUGUAUACAUAUAAUUUAUUUUUUAAAGAAAAUAACGACAUUGUUUAAGUACAUAAUCGAAUAUCAAAUAAAAUAUUUUCAUAUUUUUACGGGUACCGAGUAUAGCGGGUUUAAUAUUAUUCUCGAAUUUUUUUUUUUUUUUAAUUUACUUAAGAAACAUGGAAAUAUAAUGUAAGCGUUUUAUUAUUUAACAUGUCACUUGUCAUUCGGUCCCGACGGUGGCAUAAAAUAAAUUGAUUAAUUCUUUUAAUUUAAAACUUAUAGGCUAUAGGGUUUUAAUAUUUUAGUUUCAUACAUUUUUUUUUUUUUUAACGAAAUUCUUUACCUUAUAUAGUUUUAAAAGCGAUUUUAAAAAUAAUACAAGCAAAAUAUUUUCUAUAAGAUCGUGAUAUUUCAAUGGUCUGAUUACUGUUACAUAAAAAAAAUAAAUCGAUUUUCGGACAUUUUAUGAUUUAUCAUUCAUCUAAAAUUCUAAAGCCUGAAAAAAAAAAAAAUAACACGAAGAAAUAAAAAAAUUGAGAAAAUCGGUCUCGGGUAAUAAUUUUUGUUGUAAUCAAAAUAAUAAAAAAAAAAUUAUUCAUUUUUACCAAAUCGAUUCGAUCAAAAUAACGUAAUAUUCAUUUAAUAGCGUAUAUUAAUACUGUUUUUAGUUUAAAUAAUUAUUUUCUAUACUAUUCUUAGAUUUUUUUUCUUUUUAUAUAUAUCAGACAUUUUUUUUACUCCGAAAGAUUUUCAUUUAUUAAGAAAUAAUGUACGAGUUAUACGUGAUUGUAUUAAAUUUACGAUAGUUAAACUACGAUAUUGUAAUAUUAUGUUAUUCGUAUUAAAAACUGAAAAUAUAUAAUUAUGUUUUGUUAUUUUGUAUUUUAAAAGUUAGCGGAGAGACAUUUAUGUUCAAAAUAUUCGUAUAAUAUUCGUAUCGGUCAACCAACAGACUGGACUAAUAAAAAAAAAAAAAAAAAAAACUCCGAUUCAUGUGUAGAAAACACAAACAACGAAAAACCGGAAAUCGAUCGAUCCGUAACAUUGACAUUUGUUUUAUAUUAUAUAUAUAUAUAUAUAGGGUCAAAUGCUGAAAGUACAGUCGGAGAAAACAAUACAAAAGUCCAAUUUAGACCCGAAAAACCCGACGAAGUUUAUAAUUCACGGAUUUAUUGACACGCCUUUAAGCAAUUGGGUCAAGGUAAUAUAUAAUAAUAUUAAUAACAUUAUACGAAAUCAUUCCGUCGCGUUUACCCGUAAUAAUUGUAAUUAUAAUACAAUAUAAUUUAUACAAACAUAUUAGUGUAAAACGAUAAUUAUUUUACGAACAAAACGCGAAUUUGCCAAGACGAGGCCGUUUAUCAAUAUUGUAAUUGUAUUUUUUUAAUUAUUGUAAAAAUAAUUUUUAAUAUUCCCGUUUACGGGAAAGGGACAUACACUAUAUACGAAUAGGUACGAUACAAUAAUUACGAAACGUAUACCCGGGUACAUUGACAGUAUAUUCACGAUGACCGCGUCCUUGGGAUGCUCGAGUGAAAAAAAAGUAAGCAAGCAUAUAACACAGCAUUUGAUAUUAAUUUCGACGUCAACAAUAUUAUAUUACAAAUUAUCGUAUGUUUUAUUAACGAAUAUCCAGGUCACCGCCGUGGCUAUAAUAUAAUAUUGUGUUUGCAAUUUUACCAUUAUUUUUCGUCAGUGUUGGUAUAGAUAAUCGACAUUCGUAUUUAUAGGUAACACACAACGACAACUGUUUAACAAACAUUUAUCUGAGAUAAAACAUAACAGAGAUAAUAUUUUUUUGUUAUAUAGAUAACAAACGAAGAUAAUUAUUAUGACGUAGCGUAUUGAGUCCGAUAUCUUUUGAUAAAAAUAAUACUCAAAACAGACACACGGGUACCAAAUUUAAAUCCAAUAAAACAUAUUGUUACGAUAUUAAUAAAUAUUUAAAAUAGAUUCUUAUAAGGUAUAAUACGUAGAAGUAUACAAGGUAGUCAAUUAGUAUGUCAAUCUAAUAGAGUUAAUUUUUUUUUUUUUAAUACGAAAAAUACAUUGGUAUAGAAAAAAAACAUAUAUUAUUAAAAAUAAUAAAACAUCGAUAGUCCUUUCACAAAAAAUCAAUACAUAAAAGACAAAAUACUUUUGUUUUAUCUAGACAUUAUAUAUAAUACGUUGUAAUAUAUUAUAUUUUAAAUGAGUUUUUGUCUAUAGACAUUGCACACUGUAUUUAUACACCGUUCUGUUUACCUUUUCUUUGUUUUCUCGGAGUCAUAUGUAAAUUUAUGAUCUCAGGAAAGAAGAGUUGAGGUCAAUUUUGCAUAUUGGUUUUACAUACAAUAAGCAAAUUAAAUGAUAAGACUUGGUAAAUCGCAUAGUUGCUGGACAAGUAAUAAAUAUGACUCGUGUCUAUUUUUGUUAAAUAAAAAAUAUGGUCUCCGCCCAUAAUUAUCCGUAAACUAUUCAACUUCAAAGUUUCUCAAUAUUGUAUCAUUUAAUCUAUUAAGAUGAUAGUUUUAAUUUGUAUUACUAUCAUUUAGAAUUCAGUCUUAAUUUAAAAACAUGACCUGCAAUGUAUACAAAUAAAAUAAAACUAUUAAAAAAAAAGAAAGAAAAUCUAAAAAUUGACUCCUUCCCCGAGAUCAGACAAUAUAAUAAUAUAUUUUACCGAUUUAAUAUUAAGCUAUUUGAUUAAUAUUAUUAUAUUUUUUGAAAUUUCACCAAAUUUUCUGUUUUGUUCUGUUUUGUUCGCGUUUAUACCUACGUACACAGGAAAUGAGACGAGAACUUUUGAAGCACUCCGAUUGGAACGUCAUCGUGGUGGACUGGGCCGGCGGGUCGUUACCCUUGUACACGCAGGCGACGGCCAACACUCGGCUCGUGGGACUGGAAAUCGCUUAUUUCAUCAACUAUCUAAAAGUAAUGUAACGGGUUUGAUUGACACAUACGAUUGAAAUACGAAUAUAUUAUUACUAUUAUGUGCGCAUAGAUAGUUUAGCUAUGGAAGGAAAAAAAACAGUAAUAUAUACGUUCGCGAUGUACGCGUUUUCCGUUUUAGCGAUAUAAUACAUAAUUUAUAAUACCAUACAUAAUAAUUUAUACGAAUAUUUUUUUUUUUUCAUUACCCGCGAUAAAAAAAAAAAAAAAAAAAAAAAACGAUAAACGUGCAUGCGUCGAAUAUCGCGACGAUUUCACGCGGUAUACAGGAAAACGAACGGACGGAUAUAAAACAAUAGAAAAAUAUCCAAGUAAUACAGAGCGCGAUACGUAUAUGCAUUUUUUAUACUAUUAUUUUAACCGAUUUAAUAUUUGUAUUAUUAUUAUUUUCAUUUUUUGUUAAAAAAUGACAUCGCGCAAAACACAACGAACGAAUAAAAUCGUAUACUAUUAUAUCGUCAAAAAUAUUUUAUACCUUUUCGCGUGACGAUAUAAACAUUUCGAUUGCGUUUUAAACAUGUAAAAUGGAUAAUUUAAAAGUAAAAAAAAAAACGGCCAUACUUUCACACUGCUAUUUCGGGUGACGAGAUAGGAAAGUAGACCUAAGGUGAGUAUUUGUCUACAUACGUAUGCAACGAUAAAUCAUUGCAAACGAAAUACGAUUCUGAGUGGAGUGAUAUUAACAGUGUUUUUCUCCAAUGCGUUAUCAAUUAUUGUCCGUUUUUUCCGUUUCGAAUUGAUGAACAUUUUUAUGGGGCCAUAAAAGUCUUAAAUCACAUGGAUCGUUAAAUAUUAACUACAUGAUUUACCGUUAACCAAAUUACAAAAAAAAAAUAAAAUCUAAAUUGAAAAUAUCUGAUGAACCGUUACUCCGGUGAAUAUGAAUUCCCGAUACCGCUAUCGAUUUUCACCACCUCAAUGCAUCCGGCUAGACGAAAUUUACCAUCUAGAAACCACCACUGAUGGAGUUGACGAUAGGUGUAAGAUUUCUGCUGGUAGAAAAGCGGUUAAUAGACAAGGAAUGGAAAAAAAAUUAUGCUCAUUUUAUAAAUAUAAUUGUAAAAAACAAAACACCACAGGCGAAAAUAGCCAAAAUUUUUGUUUUUUCUGUUUGAAAGGGGGGCUUAAAAACUUUAUAAUAUUGCUUGAUGCGCGGAGUAUUAAUUUGUAAGGAUUAAGUUUAAGAGGAAGAUUGAAUAAAUUUCGGGGUAGGGGGUCUAUGUCCCCCCCCACUAAGCUCUCGCCUAUUUUUGUUAAUAAGUCAAACACUGAGAAUCUAAAAAAUAUUAAAUAACGACAAAAAAUCAUAAAAAAUAUAUAAAGUUAAAUUUUAAAACCAUAAAUAAAUAUUUGGCACACGAAUCGGAUUUUGUAAUAAUUAUUAGAAAGCCGUCGCGGAGACCAUUCCCGCGACAAUGAUUACAAAACUCGGCGCAUAAUAUUAUUACCAUCGUUUUUUUUUUUUUUAUUCAUAUACAUAUAUGUAUUCGGCUUUGUUUUUUCGUUAAAACUACAGUAUACCGCGAGUUAUUACAAAUUUGUGCGAUUAUUGGUUUACAAUAUUUGUGAUCGGGUAUUGACCGAACGGUGGGUUUGCGUGUGUGUGUGUGUUUGUUGGUAUAGGAAUAUUUUCCACAAAUCCUAUAUACGUAAAGAGUCCGCGCGAUUCGAUUCCAAGUUAAAUAUUUCGCGAGCCAAGCCGAACUGCAGUUAGUAAUGAUAUUGUUUACGGUUUGAAAUUUAAAAAAAAAAACCUGGAGACGUACACGCGAAAAUAUUAAUUUUUUUUUUUUUUUAUUAACACGCGUUUUGAAUACAAAUCGAGAGUACAAUUAAGCUGUCCGCUCGGUUUUAUUGCGAUGCGUCUAGUUUACGGUCGUUUACCUCUCGGAAUAAUAGUAACAAAUUAUAAGCUACCGACGAUGACGGCAUGAAAAUUAAUUAGCUUCGCGCGAGAUACGAAAUCGCUAAACACGGUCGCGUUAUACCCGGUGGCGUGCGCUGGGACGGCCGAGUUAAGGGUUAAACACCACCGACACCCGCAGUUACGGCUUAAAAACUACGACGGAGUAUUUCAGACGCCUAUAAGUUUGCGGCGUUGUAAUCUCGAAGUGUGUAGGUAUGUUUGCGGUCGAGUUACACGGGAACGUUUGAUUUAUUAAAAAAAAAAAAAAAAAUACCACAACAAAAAACAAAAAUUGUUUUAGAUUAAUCCUCGAUAAAUAUCAAGUAUAAAAAGAAAUAGAUAAAUAUAUAUAUAUGUAUAAAUAUAAUAUGGAAGAAGAAAAAAACGAAUCCCGGAGUAUUAUGAAAGUUGUGUUUGUAGAGGUUUCGGUUUAAAACAACGUCAUCGCGUUAUAAAUCGGGAAAGAUCAACGGAUACGCGACCGAAUAUAUUAUCGAAACGUGAAAUACGCCGAAUUCUAUUUCAUUAGUUUUAGAUUCUACGCGAAGCGAGCAAUGUAUUGGCUUUACAAUGUAAUGUUUGUUAUUUAUUUUGUUUAUAUACUGUGUACACAAAUUCUGCCAAAAAUUUUCCUCCGAAGUAUCAAGUGUAGCACUUUUUCUAAAAAGGAAUUUUUCCUGGGGUGGUACUUUAAGGUGAUCAUUUUCUGAUUUUCCUACGGAUGUUUAAAAUAAAAGGGAAAAUACGAGGAAAAUAGUAGCGAAAAGUGGAAAAUGUACGAAAUGUAUUAUUUUCAAAUCGUAAAUAUUAUAGCCGUGUAAAACGUGUAUAACCGAACUCUGCUGAGAAUUAUUUUUCGCUAGCGAUGAUUAACCGUUGUAUACAAAAUUACAUUGAAUUCUUAAAUUCCUCUCUAUAUCCUAGUACCUUACAAUCCAAACUUCUCACCUACAAAAGUCGCUCAUCCAUCGUGUGAAGUAUGUCCGUUUUUUAAUAAUAUAUAUAUAUAUAUAUUUGAUUUAUUGAAGGUUGGCUUUUUUUGGAUCCGGCUGUUGAAUUUCCGUACAGUCGAAUUGGAUAGAAAAGACGAUUAUACGAUUUGUUCGUGAACUUUAUUUUUAACUUAACGUGAACUUUACGUUUUCAAUGCGUGGGCACGCCAUUGUCUGUUCCUGCUUACCGUUUCGGUUUUGUUUUUGUUCCAUUAUAGUACAAGCACUUAACUUGUCAGGUUCUCUCGUUCGUGUUUUUCGACUAUUAAACGAAUUAAUCCAUCACUUCGAGUGAAUUAUCACCGUCGAAGAAGGAAAGUCGAAUUAUUAUUGCACUAUUUUAAUACUGGAAUCUAUCCCACGAUUUAGCGUUUUAGGUCAUUAUUUUUUUUCUGCCCGAGGAACACAAAUCCGUUUUGUAAAAUAUAAUAUGGGUACCACAGUAUAUCGUAUUAUUUCAAAUAAACCUGUUUCUCGGCUGUAACCGAAUACAAAACUACAACCGUUACAAAAUUUUAUUUUAUUAUUAUUUUAGAUUCUAAGCACAGCGAAGUGUGAAUUGAUUUCACUAUAACGUGUACAUUUUUCUGUCACCGUGAACCACUUCUCUACUAAAAAUCUUACUUCAUGUCUGGCAUAUUUAAUGAAAACAAAUGUCGUCAAAAUUUGUGCAUUGUAGAGGUAUUGUUUUGAUUUUCCUCGCAGUUUUUUUUCGUUACCUAUUGAGGAAAACAACAAAGUUUACGGCAACAAUAACGAUAUCAUUAUAUUUUCAAUUAUCUCUCUUUUUUUUUUUUUUUUUUUGUAAUACGCUUGAAAAUAAUCAUAGUGACACGCUGUUUUUUUUAUAAAAUACUUGUCUUAACAAUUUACAGACGUGGUAAAAUUGUCAAAACAUUCUGACGUUUACUGAGCCAUUUAUAAUAUGGAUAUUUGACAUGUUAAUCGUAAAAAUCAUAACAUGUUUGUAACCGAAGUACACUGAGAAUCGUAUUUCGUUAAGAGCUAUUUAUCGUUACGUAAAUUACAUGAAUCUAUAACGCAUCUCACCUUCUCAACUUUUGUUUUUUUUUUUCGUCUGGUUACAAACACAAACUAUAAUCAAAUAUUUUCGAAUACCGGACGCGUUUUCUUUUGUUUGAACGUUUGUCGCACUAAUAAUAUUAAUACGACACGUAAAGAAACCAAAGCCGCAAGGCCCGGCUGUAUUUAUCGCGGUUAUUUAUUUUAUCCGCAAAAAAACUAAAAUUAUGCAACGAGUCGGUAUUUGUGGCUGAAAUUUGUAUACGGACGAUUCCUCAUCGUCACUGUUGAAUAAUGCAAAACUCAAAUUAUCCCGUCAAGCUAUAAACGGUCCCGUUGCAUUUUUAGGCUUUAAAUUAAUAUUAAACUCGCUACCGUUUCAUUCGCACGAUAUUAUAUAAUUUAACGUGUCCGUCCAAACAAAUAGUUAGCACAGUACCUCGUAAUAUACCUACCUACAGUAUAUUAUAUUUGACAAACACGGACGCAGCGUUGUACGAAUUAUAAAAUUUACACCUGCGUUGGUAAAUUUGCGCAAAAAAUUAGAAUGAUAAUAUUGUUUUAAUAGGACCCGCAUUCACUGUCUCGGUUUAAUCGAGGCAACGGGCAACUUAUUGAAGUUACGUUACCUACUCAAAACAUAAAUCGUGGCGUUUAAGUUAAAAUUGUCGAUUUAAACGCCAAAAUUUAAAGAGGACAAUACUUUUCCGAGGGCUGGAACAUAGUUUAUGUCUCAACGAAUUGACGUAGUAAAAAUUUACAGCUCAUCUUCUUCUUAAAAAAAAAAAACAAAAAAAUCAAAAACCAAUACAGCUUAAAAUUGUUUGCUUUAUAAUUAUAUUUAUAAUUUCAAUUUCACGACAAACGUCACAAUUUAUGUUUUGAGUAUGUUUAGAUGUAAAUUUAUUUUUUCUGUAUUUCUGAUGUGAAAAUAAAAUUUUAGUCGCAUAAGCCUGAAUAAAAACUAAAUAAAUUAAAAAAACAACCUUUUUUCCCGGUUAUUAAAAAAAAGUAUGCCAGAUAUUAAAAACCGAUCCCAAAUGUACCAACAAGAUUGAAAAACGAAAAAUUCUCAAAGGAAGAAUUCAAGUAGAAACGCUAUUAAAAAAUACAGGGUGUCCCACGAAGGGGACCUAUUGUUAUAUCUCCCUGCGAGUAAUAUAUAUGUAUAAAAAAAUAAAAAACCAAAAUUUGAUUAUGUCCAUUAUCUCGUGGAAUAUCGCAAUGCGGGUACAUAUCUUCGUGGGACACUGUAGAAAAAAAAAUAUUGAAUUAAAAUAAAAAAAUCGUACGCGUCAUCAUAGUGAAAUCAAUACAUUCCUCCUUGCGCUCAGAACCAAUAAAAAAAAAAAAAUCGACGCCGUUGCGGGUUCGUUACAGUUUUGUCAUCCGUUUUAUAAUUAUUAUUUUAUUUUUUUGUUUUUGUUUUUCUAUUCGCCACGUUAGGAUAACGUGGGCUUAAAUCCGAAACAUGUUCAUCUGAUAGGACACAGUCUUGGCGCUCAUACGGCCGGUUAUGCGGGCGAACGGAUCGAAGGACUGGGCCGUAUCACGGGACUGGACCCGGCCGAACCGUAUUUCCAGGGAAUGCCUUCGCACGCGAGAUUGGACCCUACCGACGCGCAGCUGGUGGACGUCAUACACACCGAUGGAUCGUCGAUAUUCCUGUUGGGUGAGUUUGCACCAAAGUUUAUGCGUAUUAGGAUAUAUGAUACGCGCUGAAGUAAGUUUUUUUCGAGACAAUCGCUUCAUGACUUGACCUUUAUUGAAUUAUGCAUUUUCCAUCGAGAGGCUACGAAACAAUCUCGCGUCCGUUGUUCAUUGCAGUGUUAUUAAGAGGGAUACAACAUAGUUAUUACCCACAAUUACUGCCUUAAUCCAACUAAAGGGCAACAGUGUAAAAUUACAAAACUUUGGGAUAAACGCGUGGUGUUUAAGUUGAAUAGUUUAGACACGGGUGACACUGUUUAAAGAGAACAGAUAAUUUCGAGAGCACGGCUAUGUUGACUUUUCUUAAAAUAUUGUCCAAGAAUCAUUUUGAGUUGAAUGCGAUAUAAGUGAAACGACUGAUAACGUAUACAAUUUCUCAUGUCAUUAUUCGGUAUGAUUUUUUAUUUACAUAAAACACUUAGAAAUUGUAAUUUAUUAAGCCUAGGAUAAACAUUUUAAAGUGUUAUACAAAACAAGCAAGGGGCCCAUUUUUCAAUAAUUGAGGGUGGAGAAGAAAGGUGUGAGGUUGUACAGAAUAGUGGAUGAAAAUAAGUAGGAGGUUAGGAAGCGGAAAUAAAAUUGUUUCGCCCCGGGGUGCAUGUAUUGUAAAUGCGUUACUGACUAUAGCAAGGCACUCUCGAAAAUAUUCGGCUCUUUAAAUUUUGUACCAUAACUGUGAUUUUACAUCGUCGCAAUAUUACGUAAUUUUGCUAUGCCGUUCGGUAGUUGGACCGGAACACUAAACGACCGGAAUUUUUUGAUUUUUUUUAGGAGUUUUCCCAGCAAAUGUGAAAAAUCGAGAUAAAACACGGGAAAACCGGGAAAAAACGUAGGCAAAUUGGGAAAAUCGGUAGAACAUUAAAUAAAUAUUAUCAAAGAAAAUAUAUAAAACUAUCUAUGGCUAUCGUCGUAUUAUUCUUUAUCGCAUCCAACCACCGACACUUUUUUGAUCUUUUUCUUCCCCUUAUUCCGCGUACGUUUAUUUUCAUUACAAUUCCUAUAUUGUCAUGUCAUGUCAAAACUAUCUAUGUAUAUUUUCAUUUAUUUCAUCUACUAUAGAAGUCACGUCUAAACUAUCUUUUCUGUAUUCAUUUAUUAUCCUAUUUUUUCCCGUCACUCGACUCAUCAACCUAAACAUUUUGAUCUCGACUACACUCAUUCUAUGUUUAAUCUGUCCGUCAACCACCCAACACUCUGAACUACACAGCAUAGUCGGUCUCACCACACUUUUGUAGAACUUAUCUCCCGAAUAAAACAAUAUUGUCAUAAUAAAUACGAUUUUUUUUUUUUCUAUCGCCUUAGGUUAUGGAAUGAGCGAGACUUGUGGCCACAUAGACUUUUAUCCAAACAAUGGCAAAGAACAACCGGGUUGUGAUUUAACGGAAACUCCGUUGCCUCUGACUCUCAUUAAAGAGGGAAUCGAAGAAGCAAGUCGUGUUUUAGUCGCUUGCAAUCACGUACGAGCCAUCAAACUCUUUAUCGAAUCGAUAAACUCAAAGUGCCCGUACGUCGCGCACAAAUGCAAUUCGUAUCAAAACUUUUUACAAGUAAUUAUAAUAAUAUAAUAUACCUGACCAGUGACCAUGUAUUUAGUUUUUAUGUUUUUGGAGAAAAACUAUAUAUUUUUUUAUGGUCAACUGGUUUUCAAUGUUCAAAAAGAUAUUGGCCAUUGUUUAAUUGAGGUAUAAUUAUUAUUAUUAUUUUUUUUUUUUAAGGGUAAAUGUUUCUCAUGUAAGGAGAACGACACUGGAUGUGCCAUAAUGGGUUUAAACACCGUAAGACCUAACCACGCGCCCGGCGCCAAGUACUUCAUCUCUACCGGCAAAGAUACUCCCUAUUGUAGUAAGUACUCAAUUAUUAUAACAUGUCUCCACAUUUUCUAAUUUUUUAGCAUACCUAUCGUGUACCCACAAAAAAAUAAUUUUCUCGUAAAUUACUUUCAAAGGCAUUUUGAUAACGGGUGAACCGAUCGUCACUUUAUUUUUUAUACUAAUUAUCUUUCAAGUUGGUUUGUAGCACCACAUUAUCAUAUACCAUCGUUUGUAUCUGAGCACCACACGCGGUAUGCGGAUAAACACAAUUUUUAUUAUGAUAACCCAGUUAGGCGAAGAAAACUAUGACUAUUUUUUAGGAUCCAUUCGUCUGAAUGAAAAAUAAAAUAUCUGUAAAUGGUUCUAUAAAAAUACUCGUUGGUAUAGUAUUAUAGACAAUUUUAAAAAAAUGCGGUAAAUUUGUGGUAUAGAAACUUUAUAAAGACAUAUUUAUUGAAUGUAUAGAUAACAUACGACACUUAGUGUACAUUUUAAGAUCUUGAGUAGAAAAUGUAUCAGUUUUUUCUACGAUUUAAAUUGGUUUUAAUUUUGUUUUGUUUUUUUUUUUUAUGCUUGUAAACAACUUUUGAACCAAGAAUCUUGUUCCAAUUAAAACCUUUAUAGGAAUUUUCUCGUACCGUUUUCGAUCUAGUUUGUGCAAUGAGUUGAUAAUUUUUUAAAUUUUUCUUGUAAUUUUUAUUAUUAAUGGGAAUAACUUGAAGUGUAUUGCACAACUGUUGUUAAUUUCUCGAUUAACUUGGUAACAUGGAAAAAAUACUACAAACAAUAUUCUGUUCGAAAUAGUUUUUCAAUGUUAUAAUUUGAUGUUUAAAAAUAUUGCACUCGAUCUGGUUUUAUCAAAGAAUGUCAGUAAAAACUAUAAGUAUAAUAAUAAGCACCACUCGUGUAUUUUGUUAAACAUAAUUAUACCUACCAUAUUAUUAAAAUAUACCUAUAAUGUGUAUUUGAACUAUUCUAAAGGCAACUUUAAAUUACACGUUUAAAUUAAUACGCUCACACACCGCAGUUACGACAAUAACAAUAAUAAUUUAUUAUCGUACGGGUCAUUGUCGAAAUUGAAAUUGUAGGUAAUAUUAAUGAAUACUUACGGGUCGUUUAUGUGCUAUUGAUGUAAGUCUAAGUAGAUAGUAAUAAUCAAUAGCUGGUACAAUAAGUAGAUAUGUGUAAACGAUUGUACUUAAGGUACUUAAUAAAUAAUUAUUUCAGAACGUAUCUCGCAAUCGUAUACCGCACUGUUAUUACAAGGGAAUAUUCGAUAGGUUCGACCGAUAAAACGUGUUAUAAAUAUUGAAUUUUCUCCGUUCUUGUUGGGAAUGAAUGUUGGUAUCUCAUUUAUUUUGCCGCGUUAGUGACAAAGGCGUCUUUCGACGAUUAACCAAAUGUAACCCUGUUAAUGUAAUUUAUAAACCCGCUUUGUUGGCGAUUUCGGUUAUAAUUUUGGUUACAUAGUACUGAAAUAUCAUAACCAAACAAAGAAACUACGGUUAUGAUAUUUGGUUAUUGAUGAAUUAAUGAUUAUAGAUAUCUAGCUGGUAUUUUUUUUUUUAAAUCCACAAUAUUAGGUAAACUAUUAACUUUUUUUUAUACAUUAAACACAGUUAUACAGUAGUUUUUGAACGUAAAUACUUAGGAAGUAUCAUAACAAGCAAUGGAAGAUAUAUCCAAGAAAUAAGAUGCAGAUUACAACAGGCGCAUUAUGCAUUCCAAUGAAAGAAGAACUUACUAACUUCCAGAAAUAUAAAUAUGAAAAUAGGGAAAAAUGUAUUCAAGUCUUGUGUUUGAAGUAUAGCGCUUUAUUAUAAUGAGACACGGACAAUAGGAAAUUCUUAAGAAAAUAAAAUUUGGCAUUCGAAACGUGGUGCUACGGAAGAUUUCUUAAAAUGAGUUAGGUAGAAGAGGGAAGAAGCUUUCCAAAAGCCCUGAAGAUUAGAAGAGGUAAAUCAAUUAGCUAGCUAUGCGCUACUAUAUAACAGUCUGCUAGAAAUAAUAAUAAAGGGAUCUAUAGAAGGGAAGAAAAGCAGAAGAAGAUUAUCGUUCGGUUGAAUGGGUUGAGCAAUCGAGUAUAUAGGAUAGGACUGAACAUAUUGCGAUUAAAAAAAAAAAAAACCGAGAAGAAUAGCUGUCAACCAGCUCAUGGACUGUUAACCAAAGAAGAAACAGUGUAAAGAACAAAUAAAUAAGACAUGAAAUGUAUAAAACAAUAAGAGUUAAAUGCUAAACAAAUCGUCUAUUAUGGAUUCUUAGGUUUUUCUAAUAACCAUAAGCAUGUCGUAUUCAUAAAUCUAUAACCAUUAACCAAAAUUAUAUAACCGUGUUUCAUAACGAACGUAAUAAGGUUAAUCGCUAAAACACAAAUAUAUUUUUACGAUUUUCUGGUUUAAUGGAAUUUUAAGGACUCGACAUUAAGAGGACGUUACACAUGCAUUUGUUGUCUCUGUCUUGUUAAAUGUUUUACAAACACACGGUAAAGCGAACGUGCACUCAGUAGAAUCAAUUAUGUGCUUUUAGUUUAACAUUAAAAUUAUUAUUAAAUAAUUUAAUAACGAGAACGUUGUAGGUAUUUUUACAAUGUUGUCUUCUGAUAUCCUAAUUUUUAAGCGAUAUAUAAUCGUAUUUAAAUUGUAAUAUUUUUUACACUCGUAUCUCGUUAAAAAUUAAAAUAUCAGACAAAAACCAACGUACGUACCUGGAUAAUGUUCUUCCGUGUAAAUUCGAUAGUAGCUCAACCACUCCAAUAUUAAGAUUAACGGCCUAAAAUUUGCUAUGCCGUGCAUUUGUAGGACGGAGAUAAAAAAAAAAAAAAUGCACGCGUAGGGUCCUUUUAUAAUAAAUUGUGACACGAUGGAUAUUACAAUGAUUUAUAUGAUUUUUUUUUAUUUACAUAAUAAUAUAUUAUUAUGUACGUUGAAAUUGUUUAUAGGACGGCAGUAUAAGGUCUCGUUGGAUUUGGCCAAACCGCCCAGAGCCGAGUCUUGGGUUCAAGGAUUUAUGAAAGUCUCGCUGCACAGUGACACCGGGGUGAUAAGGAAUUUGGAUUUAACGCCCAAGUAAGUAUUUUAAUAUACAGGCUACAUAAUUUAUUAUCAAUAUAUUAUUUUAGUUAUAACGGCGGAGAUUUCAACGCUAAUAUCAUUAUUUUUAUCUGCGUGUUUAUCGUAAUAUAGCGGUUACGAGCGAAUGGAGCAUGGGACCAGCCGGAGCUUUGUGGUCACUCAUCCGGACGACAUUGGACAGGUCAAAAGAGUGGAGUUUUACUGGGAAUACGAUAUGGACGUGCUGCAGCCCAGGUCCAUAUGUUUCUUCUGGUGUAACGACCACCUGUACGUGUCUAGCAUCGGUGUCACUGAAGCCGAAGACGAAGGAAAUAGAGGGUACGGAUGCGAAUAUUAUAGACACGUUCCUAUCCAGUGGCGAUAAUAUCCCAAUUUUGAGGGAGGUUAUUAAAAUAUUCACGAGUGGUUAUUUAAUCAAACCCCUAGGUCCUCUCAUUAAUUUUUUUCUUUUGGGAAACAAUUACACUACUCGACACGGAAAAUAUUGGUGGUUUUAAUUAAAUAAAUUGUCCGUAGUUCCUCAAGUAUUUCAGACUUCACUAAAAUACGUAUGUAUGGGAUGGGGAGGGGGGACCAAGGCGCUGUAAUUCCUAGAGCCGAAAAAAAAAAAUCAAAUCAGGUAAAUGUUCUUUGUAGCACAGUAAAGUAAUAAAUUUAGAAAUUAUACAUAGUAUAUAAUUGUUUUGUUGUGCUAUUAUUAAGUUCAAAUUGCGUCUAAAUAUUAAUAAGUGCAAUACAUUUAAGUAUGGUACUAAGUAAGGUACCUCUAUGAUGUACGCACGAAAAAACUGAAAAUUAAUCAUACAAUAGUUAAAGUUAAACGAUCAAACAUUUUGAAUUCACGUGCAUAUUUUCGGUGCAACCUAAACGGCUCCCAUCUAUUGUUUGGUUUUUUCCGCAACGACUCCGGUCGAAAAAGUUUGCACGAGUAGGUAAAUUACCAAAUGGCUCCGGUAUUCGGUAAUACGCAUUCGUUUCUCGUAGCAAAACAAGUACAGAUGCGACGCAGAAACCAUUCUUGUCAUAUCUUACUUUUUACGAUAACAAGUUCUAUUGAAUCUAUUAAAAUUAUUGGAGUUUGGAUUUUGCGUUUCAAACAUUAUAUGCCUACACGGAUUGUUGUUAAAUACAUUUUAUCUGGUUUGUCGAAUUUUAUCAAUUUUGUUUAUACAAUUUAACCUGAUAGGCGACAUGGAUAUAGCACAUUUUGUGUAUUUGUGAAUUUGUGUUGUGAAAAAACCGGAGCCGUUAGAAAAUUUAACUUUUUGCAAAAUAGAAGCUGUUUAGGAAAAACAGGAUCCAAAUUGGCUACAUCCCUUAGUUUAUAUUGAACCCCCUUAAAAAAAUAACCAGGUACGGACCUAACAGAAUUCCCGGGAAAAAAAUGGAAAACGCUACAUUUUAAGCAUAGGAAAUCCAUAUUUAAAACUUUUAUUUCGAUACCUACACAUGGAAAUUUAACUAUACAAAUAAACGUUGGUCCAUCGGAAAGUCAUACGAAUUAAUGAAAACCUCAAUGUCAAUCCGCCAACUGUUCUCCCCUAAGAUAUCCCCCACUAUUCCCGUCAUUCGUUAGCUUCGUUGCGAUUACGGUAGUUAGUACGUAAAUUAGUGCGCCAUCUAUCGAAUAAAGAACAAGCGACACGCGUGUCGACGCCGUGGCUCCUAGAUUAUCGGCCAAUACUGUUUUGAAUAAAAAUAUUAAUUCUCAUGUUUCAGACGACAUACUGUUCAAAUUUUGAAUUCAAAUUCGGUAUUAAACUAGUAUGUUUGAUGUUUAUUACUCAUAUUUAUAAAUUUUAUCCGGACAACUAAUUCGUAUAUUAUAUUAUUCUAAAGAUUGUUUUUUUUUUUUUUUUUAUUGGACGACAUUCAAUCAAAUAUUUCAAUAUGUAAUACAUUAUAGUGGCACAAACGGGAUUUAUUUUCGCGGUAGGUGCGGGGGGAAGUGAAUCAAAACGAUCCGUCUGAUUUUAUUGCCGUCUACAGAUGAGGCGAACGGUAAGCGAUUACGAUUGUAUAGGUAAAUGAUCUAAGCGUUCAAUAACAAUAGAUAUAUUUAAUUACGCUGUGUAUAAUUCUAAUGAACAUUAUUUACGUUUAAUAUUCGUCAGACGAAAUAAAUGUAAUAUUUCAAAAAAAAAAAAAAAACUUCAGGGGAGGAGGGCGACGCGGCGGUUACGACCCGCCCCACCACGGUCUUAAAUAAAUUGUUUGUAGAAAAACAAUUGUUUUUUUUUUUUUUUUUUUUUAACAAAACGGACAGUGCAAUAAUUGUGUUUCGUUUUCGUUCGUUACAGGAAACGAGGCAUCCAAGUGGACAGCAAAUUGUGCAGCACGGGUCCCAGAGAGUACGCGGAUAUCGCGUCCAGGACUUCGGCCGUGUUUAUCGACCAAUGCGACGACACCGAGCUUUUAAACUAAUUAAAAAAAAAAACACAACGAUUAUUUAGCGUAUAUUACGCUUGUGUUUUAUACACACACACACACACACACACACACAUACACGUUUAUACGUAUAUUAAAUAUAGUUUGUGUGUAUACUAUUGUAUAUAAUAUAAAUACGUAUUUUGUUAAUCAUUAUUGUUAUUAUUAUUAUUAUUAUUAUUAUUAUUGUUAUUAUUACACAGCACAUGCAUACGCCUGUUUUUAUGAAACACGCAUUUUAUCGCGCGCUUUUGCAAAUUUCGCGUACGAAAACGCGCGACACAGAACGACGUGUACCCAAUAUGCCUUUUAAUGUUAAAAAUUUUAUAUCAAAAAUAAAUUGUUAUAAUGUU